CGACGGUACCAUUGGGAGUACCACGUGCUUCAAGGUGCGUCGAGAAUUCGAUUUUAGUAGGUACUCGGUCAGUAUGUGAUUCGUUUCAAAAGUGGAUCCGGAGUUGAGGCUAUGGAAAGUAGAUAUGAUGUUUCAUGUCUCGACGGAAAACAAGUAAUAAUACCUGGAGGACGUGACAAGGAAGGGCAUUCUUUAAUUUUAAUAACCAUCCCAUCAGACUCUCCUCAAAUAGAUGCCGUACCGCCGCUUCAGUACUUACUUUCUCUAUUCAGUAAAACCAGUCGAGCGCGGGGUCUAACGGUGAUCAUUGACGCUAGAAAAGGAUCUUGGAAGAUUGCAAGGUCAUGUAUUCGGCAAGUCAAUGCAAUAUUUACUCCGGAAGAACUAUCGAAAUUAAUCGUGAUAAGACCUGAUGCCUUUUGGGACAAACAAAGAGUGGAAAAUUGUACAAAUUCAUCAAACGACAAACAGGUUUUCUAUAUUCCGAGAUCCCGUUUGUGCAAGUUUGUGGACUUAUCUCAACUUCCCACUGAACUAGGUGGCAACUUUUUUUAUAAUCACGACAAGUGGAUCGACAAUAGACAGAAAGUUGAGGAGUUUUAUGGAGACUGUGAUGUAACUCUCAAAGAACUAGAUGAACUUUACCAGUAUGUAUUGGCAAGUAAACUGCUACGAGCUAGUCAAGUCCAAGAGGCUAUGAAUACGAGCUCAGAUAUGGCAGAAUCGACUAAAAUGUUAGUUUUUAAUGCAACUGAAACUGGUAAAGAACUCGUGGAGAAUAUCGAAUAUAAUAAUAGAACAAGAAAAUUAGCUUCCGAGCCUGUGGAUUGUACAACCCCACAAGACACAUUGGAUACUAUGAAAAAAAUAGACGAAAUUAUUAACGAUAUUAAAAAGAAACAAGAACAAAUAGAAGAAGCGUGGAUUCAGAUGCAAAAAGUUUAUACUGAUACCAAAGAUUUAGGUUGCUUAGAAGAAAAUAUCGCGAAGGUGAUAAAUUGGAUUCUUGGACCGGCCGAAGAUCUCCUCAACUCUCACCAAAAAGUAGGUUACGACGUCGCUUCCGCCGAAGAACUUCGAAGAGAACACGAAAGAAUUGAAUUGGAAUGUUGGGAAACUUACGGCACUUACGCGGAAUUAAUACACAAGAUCGAUAAUUUUGCUAACGUCGAAACAUUGACCGCUCAACAUAGAGAUUUGAUAUCCCAAAAGGAUUUCAUGGAUUUUGUUUGUAAAAGUUUUGCGAUGCGAUUAGAGCGGCGACGGAAUGUUCUUAUAACUUCUUUGAGAUUUUAUAGGUUGGUUUCGGAAUAUUUUGAUAAAACGGCGGAAGUUUUUGAUAAUUUAGUUAUGGGGACAAAAAUUACAGAAUUCGAAGUUGCCGGUGAGAAGUUAAAGAUGUUGGAGAAGAGCCAAGAGUAUUUAGAUCAAGUGGAAUCAGAAGUUCGCAAAGAAGGCGAAAAACUAUCAGACCUACUUUCAAUGCCAGUUAAAGACUGCCUCGGUCGCGAUAUACCCGUCGAUUAUUCCGAAGACAUCGUAAAUAUAAAAGACGUCUUGGACGCAACAACUGCGCGUAAAAACAUUUUCACGGAUAGCGUCGAAUUACAAAAAUUAACCCUCAAGCAAGUAACGCAUAUCGACGAUUACGAAAAGGACACAGUUCAAGCUAUAAUGUGGUUGGAAGAGUUGUUGAGGGUGAUGUUGAGGUACCAUAAUCACGUGGGUUGUACCGUUUACGAAAUACAGAAACAAAAAGAAGAACACCUUUUAUUUCAAGAAACAGCAAAAGGCACAUACAAUUACGGAUAUCAAUUACUUAAUGCUUCCUUGAUUUUACGACAAUCCUGUAAACUUCCUUUAGACGAUCACGCUAAUUUAUAUCAACGUUUAAAAACCUCCUGGCAGAAAUUAUUUUCGAUUAGUCAAGAGCAAAUGACGAGGUUACGGGUGUCUGCUGUGUUCCAUCGUUCCGUUGAAGAACAGUGCAACCAGUUAAGAGAUUUAAGGGAAGACGUUGCCACGAUUCCGUUGAUGGAACUAGCGAAAAAGAAGAACUUGGUUGAGUAUUACUUUGGUAAAAGGGAGAAGAUUAUGGUGGAGGUAGGAAGGAUGGUUAGGUUGGGGAAGAUGUUGAGGAAUCGGUUACAAGAAAAUUUGUGUUCCGAUGAACAGUCGUUGUGCUCUUUAUCUUCGAGUUCCGAAGAAGAUCUUUCAGAUUCCGUAACGAAGAAUGAAAUAGCCGUCGAAGCGAUCUCAGAACGACUUUCAGAAAUUGGUACUUUGACCGAAGAACUCGAUUCGGCCUUACAAAGCGCCCAACAAGACUGUUUAGUAUUCACGACUUCUAUAUCAACGUCGACGUCUUCUUUAAGCGAACAUACUUCACUUGAAACUUUGCGAAAAGAAAUGGAGAACUCACCACAUCUUCCAGAGAAACCGCCUAAACUUGAAGAUGUCAAAUCCGACGAAGAAUUCCUAACCGCUUCUGACAGUACUCUUCAACAUUCGAGAUCUUCUUCGUACAACACCGCAUCGGAAUGCGAGAAUCGCUACUCUCCUUGGUGGGAACACGGUAAAGAAGAUCUCGGUAAAGAUAUAACCAAAGAAAAAAUGGUAUUGGCGGUGGGAUUACCCGAGCUUCCUCUCGCUAAGGAAGUUCUUAAAUCAUCACCGGAAGUUCCUGCAGGAAAAAUCGUUAGAGAAGUCACCGAAACCACCCACUUGAAGGUUCAACAAUCUCAUAGUCUCGGCGUAUCUUCUUUCGUGCUUACUUCGGAAACAGUCAAAGAUAAUGAACCGGGAACGUGUGUUAGAAGAGAGGAGAUGAUAAAAAUAACAAACGAAGAUGGAGAUUUGGAUAAGAGGUUGAAGGAGUGCGGAGAUUGGAUCAGUUUGAAAAUUUUGGAAAUCACACCUGAGUUAACAACAUUAGGAAACACUUUGGAUGAAGCUCUCGAAUUACAAAAAGCACAUGAUGAAGUUCUUCGACAACUACAGAAUAAACAGAGUCCAGUGGAGGAACUGCUCCGACAGGCGGAUCAACUCAUCGCUACCCAAAAACCACGAGCAGAAGUUUAUGCCGCUAUGGCGGAAUCCCUCGGCAGAGCUUGGAAAGACAUAAAUUCCACUCUCGAAAUCAGAAAAUUCAUCCUAGAUCUAAACGUUUUGUAUCAUAAGAGAGCUGAAGAUUUUUUCCAUAAAUCGGAUGCCUUGGACGCCUCGUGUAAAGAUAAAACAGUUCCAAUAGAAAUUGAAACCGUAAAAGUAUUCCUAACAUCGAUACACGAUCAAAGAAGAACCAUUUUGGAAUCUCUAAUGGCUGCGUUGCAAGCGGGAAAUUCUUUAUUGGGAAAACUGAAGGAACUUGGAGCCGAAGGAACACUUGAUUCCAGACCAAAUCGAAUUCGAAGCUCUGUUAAAAGAGCUAUAUCCCAAGUACAAGGAUGGCUAGAUGAUUUACAUUUGAGAAGACAAGUUCUAGAAGGGACUUUCAACGAAAGGAAGACCCAGUUAGAACAAUGUUUAGCUUUAGCGAUUCUUGCAACUGAUUUAAGGGAAUUGGAGGAAACUGUACAACAUCGAAGAGAUCUACUAGCUAAUAGCAAUCAAUAUGGAGAUUCUUCAUCUAGUGCGGAGCUAUUUCUCCAUGAACACAUGAAAUUACUUCCGGAAGCUAAACAGCUUCAAGAAAGAGCUUUGAAAAUCACCAAAGCCACCGAACAAUUAGUAGCAUCAGGAUGUUUCGCUGGCGAAGAAGCUUCGCAACAAUCUUACGCCGUACUGUCUUCUACAUCUGAUUAUUUGACAGACCUUCAGACAAGAGAAUCGUUGUUGGAGAGGGUUAAAUCUUUCUUCAGGACAGCACAAACAGUUUUAACGAAAUUGAAUCAGUUGGAAAUUCAAUUAACAGCAACAGAACUUCCGAAAACAUCUCCGCAAUUGGUACAACUUCACGAACAAUGUUCGAAAGCGAUAGAGGACGCUACUGGGGCUCCCAUAACCGAAGGAUAUGCCAUUUUAGACAUUGCAGGACGUGGUACUGCCGGUACUGAAGGUAUACAACGUAUGGUAGAAGAAUUGGAAAACAAGAAAAUAAUCCUUGAAGGAUUAUGUACUGCACAUAAGGAGGAAAAUAUUAGAGUGAACGCUGCUUUGAAUAACUUUUUGGAAAAACACAACGAAAUCUAUACGUGGUUGUUAACCAUAGCGGAGGCUUUUCUUAAAGGACACAGAGAUAUGGGAAGCGAUUUACCAUUAGCUAGCGAUUUUUACGAGUUACAUAAUCAGUUGCUUAACGAUUUACAGAUCAAAGGUAACGAAAUCAACACGCUUCUACUAACACUACCCCCUAUUUUAGAAUACUUGGAAGAUAAUCAGAGAAAAGACGUGGACUUUAAAGUCGAACAACUCCACGAAAGGUGGAUGAAGUUGAAGAAUAUCUUGGAAAUAAGAAUGGAAUUGGCGAAUAUAUACGUCAAAUUCCAUAAGGAAGCGGAUAUAGUUAAUAAAGAAAUGGACAAAUUGGAUAAUCUCCUUGUUCAAAAUAAAGAUAAUGUAGACGACGAAACGAUGCGAAAGUUGGAGGAGAAGUUCGAGAGUAUAGUGCCUUUUUACGAGUGCGCAAAAAAUACUGGACUCACUUUUAUAAAUCAAGCAAAAUCGAUAUCCGAACCACAUCUCGACACUCAACGGGCAUGUCUGUGCGUUGAGUCCAUUCUUGAGAGACUGUCAGGAAGGCAGUUAGUCGUAACUAGAAACUGGCAGACUUUCCACACCGAGGUGGUGGAGAAACGCGAACUUCUGGUGCGCCUCGAAUUGACCAUGGAGGAAAGCUCCAAGACAAUCAGCUUAGUCUCCAAACUAGACGACAAACUAUACCCUGUGAUAACCACCGACUCCAAUAAACCAAAGCAAAUAGCCGAUUUCAUCGAAGAUAAAUUAUCGAUACUCAUCCCCGAGGUGCGAAAAUCUCAAGCAGACGUUAACGAAAAGAUUAAAACAACAGAAGCUCUAAUUCAACAAACUCAAAAUAAAGACGAAACUAAUUUAUCCGUUAAGAAGAAACUGGACGAAAUUAAUCAGAAACUUCAGGAUGCGGCGUCGGAUUAUCAAGUACUGUCUCAAGUUCUAAUAGGAUACUUUAGAAAUUUGGAAGAAAUCGAAAAGAAAGUUGAAGUAUAUAACGCAGAAUUGGAAAAAACUGUUUACCCUAAAGAUGUUACCACUGUCGGUAGGUUCUUACAGGAACACGAGGUUUUAAAACAAACUAUAACUGAAAGAUUGAGAUUCGCUCAAGCCGAAUGUGACCAGGUCGCCGAAAGGAUCAGGAAACAGGAGCCCGAAACAGCUGCCGAACACGACAUCAACAAACUUAAACAUGUUUUAGAGCUCAAUACAUCGCAAUUUGAAGAUCAGUGGAGACAGAGACAAGAUUCUUUGUUAGCCCAUCGACAAAUAUCAUCGUUCGACCACGAUCUUAUGAAAAUUAAUGAUAGCAUAGAUGAUUUAGACAGGCAGAUGAAAAAUAUUACGGGGCAAUACGGAGAAACGGUAUCAAGUGCUAAAGCCACGUCACAAGCUUUUGGAAAUUUGGAGGAAACUAUUCAGACUUUAGAACAAAGAAUUCAAUCUUUCAUUAAAUCUAGUGACAAAUUAAUAUCUGAAAAUCAUAAGGAAUCACCACACGUCCAAAAUGAAAUAUCCGCUCUGCAAGAUAAAUGGAAUAACUUGAAAAAUCAAAUGAAAACAAUUAGGAACCUCAUAGAUACCAGCAUUAGAUACUUCCAGUUUGUAGAAGGGGCCGACGAAUGGUUUAGAGAAGGCAGUAAACUUUUAGUAACCAUAGCAAGAAAAUCAACAGCAAUAAAGAAGCCUGAAGAAGCUGAAGAACUACUUAGCGAAAUCUCCCAGUUUCUUACGCCUGGAGAAGAAAAACAAAACGAAAGAAUAAAAAAUAUAUUGGAAUUAGCAGUGAAAUUAUACGGUCAAGAUCAAUCUAAAUACGCACCGGUGUUAAAAGGGAACAAAGAAAUGCUAGAAUCCUUCAAAUCUAUUAUAAAAGAGCUUAACACGUUAGCCGAUAAUUUACGACAAGCAGAAGAAGAACGCCAGAGAGCGGAAAGAGAGAAAGCAGAAGCUGAAUUGGCGGAACAAGCCAGACAACAAGCCGAAGCUCAACGUAAAGAAGAAGAAAGAUUAGCAGAACAAGCAAGAAAAACGGAAGAAGCUAGAUUAGCCGAAGAACGAAGAAAAGCAGAAGAAGCUAGACUAGCGAAUGAGGCUAGAAUAGCUAAAGAAAAAAUAGAAGCGGAAGAACGAAGACUAGCCGAUGAAAAACGGAAAAUUGAAGAAGCAAAAAUAGCCGAACAAGCUAGACUAGCCGAAGAGAGACGACAAGCUGAGGAAGCUAAACGCGCAGAAGAAGAAAGAUUAGCAGAAGAAAGACGAAAACUUCUAGAAGAAAAACAAAGAUUACAACAAGCUAAAAUAGAAGAAGAAGCUAGAAGAGCCGAGGAAGCUAAAUUAGCCGAAGCUAGAAGAUCCGAAGAAUCUAGAUUAGCCGAAGAAAAAUGUAAACUCGAAGAAAUUAAACUGAAACAACAAGAAGAAGCGGAAAGAUUACGAUUAGAAGAAGAACGACAAAAAGCCGAACAAGCUAAAAUAUCGGAACUGAAGAAACAUACUUUAGAAAUAACUGAAAUUACCGACGUACAUAAAAUAGAGAUACAAAACGCCGCUAAUAAACGAAUACCAUCACCAAUACCUAUUGUAGAAGAUGCUAGUGAAGCUCCUAUUUUCGUUUCACCUCUCAGCGAUGCGGUAAUCGAAGAAGGAAAUAAAUUCACUUUCAUGUGUAGAGUUACAGGUCAUCCGACUCCAAUAGUCCAUUGGUACAAAGCAGGACUUUCAAUACAAAAUAACCCAGAUUAUAGAACCUCCUUUCAAAAUGGUUUGUGCACUUUAACAAUAGAAGAAACCUUCGCGGAAGACUCGGCGAGGUAUACGUGUAGAGCAACGAAUCAAGCAGGAGAAGACGAAACUUCGGCGGUAUUAUCUGUGAAAGAAAACGAACCUGAAGAAGUACUAGCCGCACCGUCUUUCGUCAAAUUACUUCAACCUUCAGUAGCUAAAGAAGGUACGACAUUUCAAUUCGAAUGUCAAGUGGACGGGAAUCCUCUACCAACUGUUCAAUGGUACAAAAACUCUGAUUGUAUCGAUAAUUUUCCUGAGUUUGGUAUUACUUAUAAUAACGGAAAUGCUAUAUUGAAAUUCGAGAAAGUGGGAUUGGACGAUAAAGCCGAAUAUACCUGCAAGGCUUCUAAUCAACUGGGUACUGCUCAAAGUACCGCCAAUUUAAUGAUUACACCGUCUGAACCUGCUGAAGCUCCAAUAUUUAUUACCCCAUUGUCGAACGUAAUGGCGAGGGCAGGUCAGAAGAUAAAAUUGGAAUGUGAAAUUUCGGGAUUGCCCCCACCAAUUCUAACUUGGUCACACAACGGGAAAACAGUCAAAGAAACUCGUGAAAUUAAAUUACAGCAAGAAGGUAACAAAGCAAUUCUGUUAGUACUAGAAGCAUUCCCAAAAGAUGCUGGUACUUACUCGAUAAUCGCCAAAAAUUUAGCCGGAGAAGCUACUAGUACCUGCAGCGUUUCCGUUAAAGGUCGUUUACCAACAGAAACCUCAGAUUCCGAAAUAGCAAGUGACAUGGAACCAAUAAAACCUUCAGUGCAACUACCUCUCACCGAUACCAAUGCUAAAGAAGGCACCAGAGUACGACUAGAUUGUGUAAUAGUGGGCCAACCAGAACCAGAAGUAAUAUGGUACCACGACGAUCAACCCGUUAAAGAAUCCCAAGACUUUCAGCUACUUUUUCAAGGCGAUCGCUGUUCCUUGAUUAUUCUAGAAGUACUUCCAGAAGACGCUGGUGAAUAUAAAGUGGUCGCGUUGAAUUCGGCUGGCGAGGCUUCUAGUAAAUGCACGUUGAGCGUAACUGAAUCAGAUACAGAGAAACUACAAGAAGAAAAAUCAGGAACGGCGCCGAAAUUUUCAAAAUUAUUAACGGACGUGUUAGUUUCCGAAGGAGACAAAGUUAUUCUAGAAGGAAAUGUAAACGGCGAACCGAAACCCGAAAUAAAAUGGUUGCUAAAUAAUUUACCGAUAACCGAUGUUGAGCAUUUUAUUUUCACUUACGACGACGAAGGAAAUGUUAGGCUAGAAAUUGAUAACGUCAAACCAGAAGAUAAAGGAGUGUAUACUGUGAAAGCUUCGAAUUCUGUAGGGGAAGCAAAAUGUUUUGCUCAGUUGAUAGUGAAAUCGUUUAAACCAACGGAUACAGUGCAACACGAAGAACAGAAGCAACCUCCAGAUUUUAAGGAAGGAUUCAGCGAUAGGAGCGUCGUGGAAGAAAGUUCCACAAAAUUCGAAUGUAUCGUCGUGGGAAAACCCACACCGAAAGUAAAAUGGUUGUUUAAUGGCGAACAAAUAUCAGGCAAAGAUUUUUUGAUAUCAACUUCUGGUAAUAGACAAGUUUUAUCCAUUCCAAACGCCAAACAACAACAUUCCGGUACCGUAACCUGCGUCGCGGAAAACGAAGUUGGUAAAGCUACUUGCAUAGCAAAUUUACAAGUACAACCAGCUGGUUCCAUUUCUCAACAAGAAAAUCAAUUAGAAUUACGUCCUAUCUUACCUCUAUCCACCGAAAAGACCCAACAUACAGAAACUUCGUAUAGAAUCAGUAGAGAAGUGGUGACUCAAUCUGCAACGUCUCACACAAGCAAAAUAAUAUCAACCAAUUCGGAAAUGACUCAACCGUAUAUCGAGGAACAUCGUGUCUCGUCUCAAAAAGCUCAAACGUUCAAACAAAUAAAUCAAGAAGCUCCGGAUGUGAGGGAAUGUCAAAAAACGGAGGAGUAUCACAAAAUUGGAGAUCAACCGCCGGUGUUUCACGAAAAAACUUCGACUACUUUCGCUAUAGGGAACGCUCAAAAACAUAUAACGUCAAAUCAAGAACUAAUUCAAAAAACUCCGUCUAAAAUCAGACCUCCUAAAUUUAUUUCGCCGGUUAUUGGUAAAAUAGUGGAUCAAGAUGUGGAUGUUAUUCUCGAGGGGAUUUUAGAUGGUCAACCGACUCCUCAAAUAAAAUGGACUAGGAAUGGCGAAGAUAUCAAAGAAGAUAACAGACUAACUACUACUUGGUAUUUAAAUAAAACCACUUUGGAGAUUAAGAAUGUUAAUGUACAAGAUGCCGGAAGAUACUCGUGUACAGCUAUCAACGAAGCCGGUACUGCUGUUAGUACCGCAGAUUUAGUGGUUAGAAAAACUAUUUUCCCUCCAGUUUUUGGUCGUCGUCUUCAAGCUCAGGUUAUAAAAAAAGGUGAUAGGGUCGUAAUGGAAGUCGAAGUGACCGGUACCCCAGAACCAACCGUUACUUGGUAUAAAGAUGGGAACCUCAUCGGCGAUUCUACGAAAACUGGUUAUAAAAUAAAAUCGAUGGGACAAAACCAUACCCUUACUAUUGGUAAAGCUGAAAUGAGCGAUUCCGGUCGAUUUAUGGUACGAGCUGUAAACUCUGGAGGAGAAGCUCAAAGUAUAGCAGAUAUAGCUGUUAUCGAACCAGCUCCAGAUAGUAUGGUAGAAGUUGUUAAAACCGUCGUUUUUGAAGAUAUAAAGAAACAUGAAACACUCGAACUAGUGACUACGCCAAUCGUAACAAGUCAGGUGAAAUAUGAAACUUUUCCUUACAAACCGGAACCAGAAAAAGCGAAAACGAAAGUACCACCGCCACCGAGUCCAUCGAGAUUCGUCAAAGGUGAGUUCCGGGAAAGUGACUACGAAAGCGAUUACGAAAAAAAGAUUCCCGCAAUAUGGGGUUCUAAUCAAGAACCAUCUUUCAAACCGGUCCACCCGAUUCUAACCCCGACUAAACAGCAUGGUCAACAGUACGGACACACCCCUACCCCACCCACCGAGUUUGAACGACCGCCCCAAGAUUUUUCACCCGCUCGACCCAAAUUUGAACCUAUCAAACCUGAAAUAAAACCAGCGCAGAAGAACGUUGUUUAUAAACCUAAACCUAUAUCGGCGACUUCUGCAGAAUAUAUAAAGAAAGAUAUCGUAUUACAACCUGGCACUCCUCCUGAAAUCGCUUACGCCCCUGCUCCGAAAAAAACGCAGUAUUACAAAUCUACAGUUAGCGCCCCCUAUACUAACGCUAUUCAACAAGAAACUUCCAACGUAGUUCAUUUCAACGAAUCAACUGAAAAUUGUCACAGAACGAUGAGCGUACAACAAACACAUAAAAUCAUCAAAUUCGGCGAUAAAUAUAAAAAAGAAGAAAAAUUAGAACCGUUUCCUUUCCAACCUGAACCGGAACGUAAUAGAAGAUCGACCAGCGUCCCUCCACCUCCAACUCCGACAAAAUUCAUACCGGGAGAAUUCAGAGAAAGCGAUUACGAAAGCGAAGUAGAGAAUACGAAAAUAAAACAAAAAUGGACGCCGCGCGGCGGCGAAGAUAGGAAUCAAUAUAGGAGAGUUAGAGCCCCGGCGGCUGUUAGAUCUUCUAGCGUUCCAGCACCAAAAGAUCGCGUACUAAGUCCGAUGGACUUUGAUACGCCACCAACUAAAUUAGAUUAUACAGACAGCGCUAGUAGAAAACACUACGAUUCCGUUUAUAGAAAAUUCACAGAAAAUAAUAAUACGAAUUUAGUAAAGAGGAGUUAUUCCCACGAACCUGGACUCAAACCUGGAUCUCCUCCCGAGUAUGGAUACGCUACUGAUCAAAGAAUAGUUAAGCAAACAGCCACUAAAGUCGCUUCUCAACACAUGGACAGCAUGACUCAAGCUUUCAAAUCGAAAACUCAAAAAUUCGUUACUGACAUUAUGGAGGAUGUAAAUAAACAGAAAACUUUGAAAAAUGGAUCUGAUGGGGAAGCGCAAGUAUAUAGGGAGGAAUCUAGGGCCGCCCAAUACGGAACAAAACACGUAGACCCAGAUACCGGCCUAAUUUACUUCAAGUACGAUUUCGGUUACGAAUUCGGCAUAAUCUUACCAGGUGAAGGUGGUAAACAAGGUGGGGUGGUACCCGCGCCGAAGAAGACAGUCAUCGAACCACCUAAAAGAACCAAGGACAUCGAAUUGCCGGUUUACCACGAAAAAACGACUCCUAAUCUCAAUUCUUCGACGCAAUUUAAACCGAAAAAAUUUAAUAAGUCCGGGAAAUGGGAACCGACUUCGGAAAGCGAGAUGUCGGAUUACGAGAGAGAUGGUAAAGGAGCGAAUUUGUUGCAAGGUUCGAGAUGGGAACCGUCUUCAUGUAGUCCCGCAUCUUUGUCACCUAGUUUACCUAGCACGUCACCAGCUUUUAAUAAUACUUUCGCAGUACCGGGAAGACCUCAAACACCACCAAGUUGUCCCAGCACUCCAGGCAGUAUUCAUGGUAAACACAUUUUGAAUCCAUCCCAAGCUAGAGCUCCAAUGUUUAUAACGCCUCUUCGGGAUAUCGCCGUUGUAGCCGGUCAAGCCGCCAAAUUCGAGUGCAUCGUUCAAUCAGAACCACAACCCAACAUUCUCUGGUCGAAAAACGGACGAAUCAUCCAAGAUUCGAGGGAUUAUCAACUUCAUUUCAGGAAUGGAGUUUGUAGAUUGACUAUAUCGCAAGCUUAUCCUGAGGACGCGGGAGUGUACGCUUGUACUGCUACUAAUCCAGUAGGUACUGCCAAUACGACAGCUACUCUAGAAGUACCAGGUGUUCCUUCUCAUAUGUACGGUACAUAUAGACAAUUUACUACUGUCAGAAGGAAUAUUUCUCCUGAUUUGGAAUUAUAUAAACGUCCGGUAUCUCCUGGCAACUUACCGUUUCCCAUUGGUGGUCAGAUGUCCCAACAACAAAUCCAGCAAAUUCCCGGCUUCGGCCCUAACGCUCAACCUCCGGUGUUCGAGAAGGUGUUCAGCAACGCCAGAUUCGCCCAAGGAGGAAAAGCUACGUUCGAAGGUAGAGUAACGGGAAAACCGCAACCAACAGUAACCUGGACGAGAAACGGAGCACCUCUACUUAGUACUCAAAAACAUCGAUUAACAUAUAAUGAAUCUACCGGGGAUAUUAUCUUCGAAAUAAAUAAUAUCGGACCCGGAGAUGAAGGAGAAUAUGUUUGUAAUGCUAAAAAUCAGUACGGCGCCGCUAUUUGUUCGGUUUAUAUAUCUCCAGAAGGUAUGCAGAUACCUCAAAGACAAGCGUUUUCUAAAUUUGAUCAAACGACCAGUUAUACCAAUGGUACUACUACUACGAUAACUGAAGAUUUCAAAAUUGACACUUUCGAAUAUAGAAUUUUGAGAGAAAUUUCGUUUAGAGAAUCUAUAACGAGAAGAUCUAGUUACGAAAAAGAUUCCCAAAUAUCGACGACGAUCGAAAGGUCUUUGGGACCCCCAGCACCUCCGCAGUUUGCACAAAAGCCGCGAAAUUCCAAAUUACUCGAAGGUUCUGAUGCGGUUUUCAGCUCGAAACUAUCAGCUAAUCCAAGACCUCGAAUUACUUGGUUUAAAAACGGACAAAGAAUCACCGAUUCUCAAAAAUACGAAACUAGUUUUACGAAUAAUCAAGCUUCUUUACGAGUUAAACAAGCUACAUCCGACGAUACAGGUCAUUACACCCUACUAGCCGAAAAUCCUCAAGGGUGCGUUGUUUCUUCAGCAUAUUUAGCCAUUGAACCAGUAACGACACAAGAAGGUCUAAUCCACGAAUCGACUUUCAAACAACAACAAAUCGAAAUAGAUCAAACAGAUUCUAGUAAAACGUUAGCACCAAACUUCGUAAGAGUCUGCAACGACAGAGAUGUAACCGAAGGAAAAAUGACUAGGUUCGAUUGUAGAGUAACCGGUCGUCCUUAUCCGGAAGUUACUUGGUUCAUCAACGGUAAACAAGUAGUAGAUGACCACAAUCAUAAGAUAUUAGUAAACGAAUCCGGUAAUCACGCUCUUAUGAUCACAACAGUUAGUAGAAACGACUCCGGUGUUGUAACUUGCGUAGCUAGAAACAAAACUGGAGAAACCUCCUUCCAAUGUAACCUCAACGUUAUCGAAAAAGAACAAGUAGUAGCACCUAAAUUCGUCGAAAGAUUCACAACUGUUAACGUAGCCGAAGGAGAACCGGUAAUAUUGAAUGCUAGAGCCGUCGGUACACCCACACCACGUAUCACUUGGCAGAAGGAUGGUAUACUGCUAGUAAACAGUCCCGACGUUAGGAUCGCGACUGACGGUGGAGCUUCCUCUUUGGACAUACCGAGAGCAAAAGCUUCAGAUGCUGGUUGGUAUCAAUGUACUGCCCAAAAUGUCGCCGGCUCCACCGCUACUCGCGCUAGAUUAUUCGUACAAGUACCGCAGAGUACGACGCCCGAACCAAGACGCCUACAUCUUCCUAGGCCCACGAAAGUCAUCGAACCUGAACCCGAACCUGGCCCAGAAGUGAUUUAUCUUCGCCACGUUGAACGAUCUCGUCCUCAAGCAGCACCCGGCGAUGAGGAUCGCGUAUAUCCUCCGCCUCAAUUUAUCAUUCCUUUAAGGGAUGCAGUUCAGUUUGAGGGGGGAAAAAUCCACUUCGAAGCUAGAAUUGAACCAGUUGGAGAUCCGACGAUGCGCGUAGAAUGGUUUUUGAAUGGAAAACCUUUAGCAGCUAGUAGUAGAACAACGUCGAUAUUUCGCUUUGGUUUUAUAGCUUUAGAUAUAAUUAGCUUAAUAAUGAACGACAGCGGCGAAUAUGUUUGUCGAGUAACCAGCGCAACGGGAUGCGUAGAAUCCCGCGCGAUGCUUAGCAUUAACCCCAGGGCUUCUAUUGAACAAAGUAGUCAGCACCCUGAUAGCUUACAAUAUAUCCAGCACUUGGAAGACUAUUCAAAAUAUCAAAGAAUGGACAGUUUAGAGGAAAGAACAAAUCAAAAGCCUCAUUUCAUCCGUCCACUCCAAAAUCUAGGAGAAUUGCAGGAAGGUAGAAACGCUCAUUUCGAAGCUCAACUAACUCCAGUAAGCGAUCCGACUAUGAAAGUGGAGUGGUACAAAGAUGGCCGACCUAUUACCGCCAGUUCACGAAUUACCACCAUCUUCAACUUCGGUUACGUUUCUCUCAAUAUAAUGCACCUACGGGCCGAAGAUGCAGGAUCGUACACUGUGCGGGCAGUAAAUCAUUUAGGAGAAGCUAUCAGUACAGCAAAUAUAAACGUUUAUUCAAAAUCUUCAGUCACCGGUGAUCUGGGAAUACCAGAACAACAAAAAUACAUCGAAGAAGUCGAGAGAUUAGAAGCUUAUCAACAACAACAACAUCAAAAGUACGUUCUGGAAUCACCCGAAAGUACUCAAGCGCCAGUAUUCAAGACACCUAUCAAGGAUCAAAACGAAAUACGGGAAGGAGGAUUCGCACAUUUUGAAGCUCGCUUAGAACCGGUGGGAGAUUCUACUCUCAAAGUCGAGUGGUUCAAGGAUAAUCAUCCUUUAGAGGCCAGUUCGAGAAUAACUACCUUCUUCAAUUUCGGUUACGUAGCAUUAACUAUUAAAGAUGUAACAAUACACGAUGUAGGUCAUUAUACAUGUCGCGCGUACAACGCUAUAGGACAAGCUACGACUACAGCUCAACUUAGCGUCGUAAGUAAAAAAGAUAUUAGCUUCGAUUCCCAACACCCAAGUGGUUUGGAAAAAAUCCAACACUUGGAAGAUUCCACUCGAUACAAUCGAACUUCCAAAGAGGAAGUACAAGUUACACAAAAACCUAGGUUUUUGGGACCACUAAAAGGCACAAAUAGAAUCGUUGAAGGACAACGCGGACAUUUCGAAGCUAGAGUAGAACCUCAAAGUGAUACCACGCUGAAAAUUGAAUGGUACUUCAACGGUAAACCAAUACAACCAGCAAACAGAAUACAAACUUAUUACGAUUUCGGAUACGUCGCUUUAGAUAUUUUAAGUGUAAGAGAAGAAGACGCGGGAACGUACACAGUUGUCGCCAGAAACGCUCUAGGAGAAGCCCAAUUAUCAGCCAGCAUGACAGUUGAAACGAGAUCCAGUAUAGAUACAAGAAGUAUGCAUCGCGGUGCUUACGACAAAACCAAACAUAUCGAAGAAUCUAAAUUCGUCGAACCUCAAUACCAAAUAGAAGAACUAUGUAAAUCGAAACCGGUCUUCGUAGUACCUCUAUCGGAUCCAGCUCCGGUAUCUGAAGGUAAAAACAUUCAUCUCGAAUGUCGAUUAGAACCGAUGGGCGAUCCGACGAUGAGAGUAGAAUGGUACUGCAACGGAAGACCAGUCACCGUCGGUUCUAGAUUUAGAACGUACAACGACUUCGGAUUUGUUGCUUUAGACAUUAUCCACGCGAACGCCGCCGAUUCCGGAGAAUAUACAGUACGAGCCGUUAAUCAAUUAGGUUCAGCGCAUACUUCAUCUUGCGUUAGAGUUAUUUCCUCAUCGUCAGAUAUAAUAACCGAUUCACAACAUGAGCAAUCCCUCGAACAAAUUCAACAUCUAGAAGAUUCUUCGCGCUAUCGUAAACACAUAGCUGAAGAUGUGACUGUUUUACAAGCUCCGCAGUUUACUAGAUCGUUACAUAAUAUCGAAACCGUCGAAGGUACUAAUGUACAUAUGGAAUGUCGUCUUCAACCAGUCGGUGAUCCUACUAUGAGGGUUGAAUGGUUCGUAAACGGCGUACCGGUAAAAACUGGUCACCGAUUCAGACCGGCUUACGAUUUCGAUUACGUCGCUUUAGAUCUUUUGAGCGUAUAUCCCGUAGAUUCCGGUGUAUAUACUUGUCAAGCUAGAAAUCAAUUAGGAGAAGCGGUGACGUCGUGCUCAGUGAAAGUAAUCGCGAAAAAAGAUUUAUUAUUCGAAUCGCAGCAUCCGGCGGGUCUAGAAAAAAUCCAGUAUCUAGAAGAUUCCUCUAGAUACAAAAGAACCGAGUUCGUUGACGAACAAGUUACGGUUAAACCGAAAUUCGUAACCAAACCGAAGAAUUUGGAAAAUAUGACCGAAGGUAAACACGCUCAUUUCGAAUGUAAAAUCGAACCGGUAACCGAUCCGAAUUUGAAAGUCGAAUGGUUUAAAAACGGUCGUCCGGUAACGGUGGGCCACCGUUUUAGACCAAUUCACGAUUUUGGUUACGUAGCUCUCGAUGUUGUCGAUCUUAUAUCUGAAGAUUCCGGAACUUAUACGUGUCGAGCAACAAAUCUAGUCGGAACCGAUGAAGUUAACUGCGUCUUACGAUGUAGACCUUCGGGACAGAUAAUCACUUCUACUCAAAACGAAACUGGAUUGCAACAAAUUCAACACCUAGAAGAUCGUUCUAGAUACCAUAGAAAAGAAGAAGUCGAAGAAUUAACAACACAAGCUCCUAUAUUCACGACGUCCUUAAAAAAUAUCGAUAUCAGGGAAGGACAAAGAGCUCAUUUUGAAUGUAGAUUGAUUCCAGUAUCCGAUCCUACUAUGAAAGUCGAAUGGUUCCAUAACGGAAAACCGUUGAAAUCUGGUUCCAGAUUCACCGAAACCAAUAAUUUCGGCUUCGUAGCUUUAGAUAUCCUUUAUACUUAUCCGGAAGAUUCAGGAACGUAUACUUGUAGAGCUACAAACGCUUUAGGAGAAGCUGUAACUUCUGCCAUUUGUAACGUCCAAUCUAAAAAAUCAAUUUAUUUGGAAUCAGUACACGAAGGAGCUUUGGAACGCAUCACGGAGCUAGAAGAUUCCUCGAGGUAUCAAAGAAAAACUGUACAAGAAGAAACAAUCAGUCAAGCGCCUUGCUUCACUAUGCCGAUAAAAGAUUUAAAAGUAGCAGAAAAUCAAGCAGCUCAUUUCGAAGCUAGAUUAAUUCCAGUAGGAGAUUCUCGUUUGAAAGUCGAAUGGUUACGAAAUGGAGUGCCUAUACAAGCUUCAAAUCGUUUAACCACGAUGCACGAUUUUGGUUACGUCGCUCUUAAUAUGAAAUACGUCAAUCCGGAAGAUUCUGGAACAUAUACUUGCAGAGCUGUAAACGAUUUAGGUGAAGCAGUUACAUCAGCAACAUUGUUUGUUCAAUCUAAGGCUUCUCUUCAACUCGAAUCUCAACACGAAGGAGCUUUAACAAAAUUACGUCAACUAGAAGAUUCUAGUAGAUACCAAAGACGUGAAGAAGAAGAAAUAUCAAUCACUACCGCACCGAUUUUCACUACCAAAUUAAACGGUCCAGCCGAAAUCUUCGAAGGACAAAGUGCCCAUUACGAAUGUAGAAUAGAACCGUACAUGGAUACCGAUCUCAAAGUAGAAUGGUUCCAUAAUGAUAAACCUUUAACAACUGGUCAUAGAUUUAGAACAGCUUACGAUUUCGGUUUCGCCAGUCUCGAUAUAUUGACAGCUUACGCUGAAGAUACCGGUGAAUAUACUUGUAGAGCUACAAAUCGUAUCGGGCAAGCUAGUUCUUCAGUCGUAACAACCGUUAAAUCUAAAUCAUCAAUUAUUAGAGAUACUCAACACGAAGGAGCUCUCCAAAAAAUUCAACAUCUAGAAGACGAUUCAAAAUAUAAACGCAUAUCACACGAAGAUGCUAUCGUUUUAGAGAAACCACAAUUCGGUAGAGGAUUAAAAACAAUCGAAAAUUUACCAGAAGGAGCUACCGCUCAUUUAGAAGCUACUUUAACUCCAGUAAACGAUCCGACUAUGCGAGUUGAAUGGUUCUGUAACGGAAGACCGAUACAAACUGGUCACAGAUUCAAAACUACUUACGAUUUCGGUUACGUAGCUUUAGAUAUUUUGUACGCUUACGCAGAAGAUACCGGUACUUAUAUGUGUAAAGCUAAAAACGCCGUGGGAGAAGCAGUAACAACCGCCGGUGUAUCAGUAACAGCAAAAUCCGGUCUCUAUUUAGAAACUCUCGAUGAAAAACGUUUAUCUAAGAUAAGACAACUCGAAAGCUACGAAAGACCAAAGAAAGAAGAAAUCGAAACCGCUCCACAAAAACCGGUAUUCCUAACUCCAUUGAUAAGUCUGGAGAAUCUCAAAGAAAGCGAACAUGCUCAUUUAGAAUGUAGAGUAGAGCCUGUGAACGAUCCUAACCUAAAAAUUGAAUGGUACGUAAACGGUGUAAAAUUACGAGCUGGACAUCGAUUCAGAACAACGCACGAUUUUGGAUACGUAGCUUUAGAUAUUUUGUAUACUUACGCCGAAGACAGCGGUACUUAUAUGUGCAAAGCUACUAAUUUAGUAGGGGAAGCGGUAAAUACGUGUACGAUUAAAUGUGGAAGUAGAAAAAGUAUUAUAUUCGAUACUCAACAUCCGGAAGGCUUAGAAAAAAUUAGGGAAUUGGAAGCGCAAGGACACCACGCUCGUUUAGAGAUAGAAGAACCCACACCCACACCUCCUACUUUCGUAACGGAAUUAAGAGGAACUACGGAAAUUUACGAAGGACAAACGGCUCAUUUCGAAGCCCAAGUUCAACCAAUUCACGAUCCAAAUUUGAGAAUUGAAUUCUACCAUAACGGUAAACCAUUACCUUCAGCUUCCAGAUUCCAUAUUACUUUCGAUUUCGGAUAUAUAGCUCUCGAUAUCGGUCACGCCGUACCCGAAGACGCCGGUGAAUAUUCCGUUAAAGCUAUCAACAAUCUAGGUCAAUGCGUUUCUUCUAUAAACCUCAAAGUAAUCGCUAAAAGUAAUAUUAUAUUAGAAUCACAAAGACCCGAAGGUUUAGAAAAAAUUAGACAACUCGAAGAACAUACACCUUAUAAACGUCCAGAAACCGAAGAACCCGUCACUAGACAAAGACCUGUCUUUACACAACCACUUCAAAACAUCGAUUUUAUUCAAGAAGGACAAACGGCUCAUUUCGAAUGUCGUUUGAUUCCCGUAGGAGAUCCAACAUUAAAAGUAGAAUGGUUCAGAAACGAACAACCGUUAGAAGAUAGUUCUCGUAUAACUAAAAUCCACGAUUUCGGUUUCGUCUCCCUCGAUAUCACACAUAUAAGAGCUGAAGACGAAGGUGUAUAUAUUUGCAGAGCUACAAAUCCACUCGGAGAAGCCGUUACGACUGCAUCUAUGAAAAUUAGAACUGAAGCCAGCAUCCUGUUGGAUACUCAACAUCCCGAAGCUCAAAAGAGAAUAGCUCUUCUCGAACAACCGCAAGCUCCUAAACCGGAAGAACCCGAACGUCAAUUCGAAAAACCGAUAUUUACUCAAUUACUCACCGGUCCUUCCGAACUCUGGGAAGGACAACACGCUCAUUUUGAAGCUAGAGUCGUACCGGUUGGCGACGCCGAUUUAAAAUUCGAAUGGUACGUCAAUGGAGUAGAACUCAAACUAGGAUCGCGAUUCAAAGAAACCCACGAUUUCGGAUUUGUUACUUUGGAUAUUAUGUCUACGGUAAAAGAAGAUUCCGGAGUUUAUAUGUGUAAGGCUAUCAAUAAAUCAGGAGAAGCAGUUUCUUCUAUAUCUAUGAAAGUUAAACCUCGAUCUAAUAUCGUCGGUGAACCUUUGCAACCCGACGCUUGGCAAAAGAUUCAACUCAAAGAAGCCGAAAUGAAUAAAGUACCAGAAAUGUUUGUCGAUACUACACCUCAACAACCACCAGUUUUUACUACGCAUUUACAGAGUUACGAUAAACUCGUAGAAGGACAACACGUUUAUUUGGAAGCGCAAGUAGAACCAAGAGCAGAUCCUAAUUUACGAAUCGAAUGGUUUAAGAACGGAAUAUCUUUAGCUACCGGUACUAGAUUACGUAGUACUUUCGAUUUUGGUUUAGUUACUUUAUCUAUUAACGGAUUAAGAGAAGACGAUUCGGCUAUAUAUACUUGUAAAGCGACUAAUAAACUCGGAGAAGCUAUUUCGACGUGUUCGUUAAAGAUCGAAGACAGACAUUGGUUAUUAGGACAAACUUUACAUCCCGAUGCUAUUCCCAAAUUAGAAGCACUCGAAAAACAUCCCGAAGUUAAAAAAGAUACUCCCGAACCAGUAUACGAACUUCCUAUUUUCAUAAGUCAUUUAAACAACGUCGAAUGUAUGGAAGGAGAUAACGUACAUUUUGAAUGUAAUGUGGAACCUUCAAAAGAUCCAACUCUUAAAAUAGAAUGGUUCGUAAAUGGAAAACCUCUUCCGUCUGGUGCCAAAUAUAAAUCGACUUACGAUUUUGGUUACGUAGCUUUAGACAUAAUUCAUUCUUAUGAAUCCGAUUCCGGAAUAUAUACUUGUAAAGCUACCAACAGCAAAGGAUCAGCUACAACUUCCGGAUCAUUACGUUGUAUUCCCAAACAGAACAUCUAUUUAGAUACUCAACAUCCUCAAGGCAAAGCCGGACUCGAAGCUGUACAAGACGUCGAAGAAGCCAUCGCCGGCAAAUAUAGAAGACAAACAUCAGCACCGGAAAAAGAUUACGGUAAACCCGUUUGGGUUAUUCCUCUUAAUCCCGAAUUUAAACUCACAGAAGGACAACCUUUGCAUCUCGAAGGUACAGUAGAACCCAAAGAAGAUCCUAACAUGAAAAUCGAAUGGUUCUUUAACGGAAAAUCCAUCGAACACGGUAGCAGAUUUAAAUUCACGCAAGAAUUCGGUUUCGUUACAUUAGAUGUCACCGAUGUUUACGAAAGAGAUCAAGGUAUCUACACUUGCAAAGCUUCCAAUAAAAACGGCGAAGCUUUUACUUCAACUACAAUAUACUGUACCAGCAAAUCUAAUCUAAUCGAACGCACUCAACAUCCUAAAGGACAAGAAGGUCUUGAGAAGAUACAAGAUUUGGAGGAUUCGCUUCAUAGACCGGAUAUGCCGAAAGCUGAACUCGAAGAAGGACACGCUCCGGUCUUCACUUCCGAAUUUACCAACCUCACUAAUCUUAAAGAAGGAGAAAUAGCCCAUUUCGAAGCUGGUUUAACUCCAGUAGGUGAUCAAACUAUGAAAGUCGAAUGGUUUUAUAAUGGUAAAACUAUCGAAGCUUCCCAUAGAUUUAGGACCGUACAUGCUUUCGGUAUGGUCGUAUUAGAAAUUCUCGGAACUAAAAUUGAAGAUUCCGGUACAUACACUUGCGUAGCUACUAAUAAAUGGGGUAAAGCCGAACAAAGCGUCACCUUACAAUGUACGGAGAAAAUUUCCGGGCAAAAACCGGUAUUUACAACUCAUAUCAAAGAUAUUGUCGGUCUCAAAGACGGCCAAUCGGCUCAUUUCGAAUGUACUUUGAUCCCAGUUAACGAUCCGGAUCUUAAAGUAGAAUGGUACCAUAACGGACAACCAAUUUUAGAUAAAAACAGAAUAAAAACCGUAUCCGAUUUCGGUUUCGUCGUAAUGGAUAUAUCUUAUAUUCAAGACCACGAUUCUGGCGAAUACGUUUGUAGAGCUUAUAAUAAAUACGGCGAAGAUUUCACUAAAGCUACGAUAUCAGCUCGUGGAAGAGCUGGCGUAUUCACCGAUACCCUACAACCGGAAUCUCUAGCUAAAAUUAGAGAAUUAGAAAGUUUACAAGGUCAACAAGCUCAAGCUCCGUCUACACCAGUUACCGAACCACCCAAAUUCGUCACUCAAAUACAAGACGUUACGAAAUUGGUCGAAGGACAAAGCGCGCACUUCGAAGCUCGUCUUACUCCAGUUACCGAUCCGGAUCUUGUAGUAGAAUGGUACUAUAAUGGUAAGAAACUACCUCACGGUCAUAGAUACCGUACCUUCCACGAUUUCGGUAUCGUUAUUCUUGAUAUUCUAUAUUGUUACGAAGAAAAUUCUGGAGAAUACGAAUGCAGAGCGUACAAUAAAUACGGUCAAGAUUCCACUAAGGCUUAUUUGAAAUGCGUAUCGAAGACGAAUUUGAUCUUGGACUCGCAACUCCCGCGGGGCAUGGAAGGUGGUCUAGAAAAAAUACAAACUUUAGAAGACUCGAUGAUACGAACUAAAGAAGAAAGAGAAGACACAAAGAUUGGUAAAGCGCCUGUUUUCACCGUUCCAUUGUCGAAUAUCGACAGUCUCCGAGAAGGAGAAAACGCUCAUUUCGAAGCUAGACUUAUACCAACGGACGAUCCUAAACUCAAAGUUGAAUGGUUCUGGAAUGGUAAACCUCUCCGAACAGGUUCGAGAUUCCGUACUUUUUGCGAUUUCGGUUUCGUAAUACUCGAAAUCUCGCCGGUUUACCCCGAAGAUUCCGGAGAAUAUUCUUGUAGAGCUUUCAACGAAUACGGCGAAGCGGUAACUACAGCAUCAAUGAAAGUAUCCGGUAAAAGGAGCAUCAUACUUGAAUCACAAUUACCUAAAGGUAUGGAAGGUACUAUAGAUAAAAUUGCCGAAUUAGAAGGAUUAGGAGCCGCGCCUGCUCAAUUAACACCAGACGACGAUACCGGUAAACCACCGGAAUUUAUAACUUCUCCUUCGGAUUUGAUAUUAAACGAAAACGGUUUAGCUCAUUUCGAAUGUAGAUUGAUACCCGUAAACGAUCAAAGUAUGAGAGUGGAAUGGUUCCAUAACGGAAAACCGCUCUGGUCGGGAUCUAGAAUUAAAACAAUCAACGAUUUCGGUUUCGUAAUUUUAGAAGUAUCAGGCGUAUAUCAAAGAGAUUCCGGUUUAUACACUUGUAAAGCAACAAAUCGCCAUGGAGAAGCUACAGUUUCAUGUCAAUUACAAGUGAAAGGACGACAAGGUAUCAUCAUGGAACCGCAAUUACCUUCAAAUUUCCGUACAGGAACCGAAAGUAUACAGAGAUUAGAAGAACAACUUCAUAAAAAAGAAGAAUUAUUAUCAGAAGAAGAACAACCUAAUCCGCCGAGAUUUACAGUUGAAAUUAAAGAUAAUGUUGAUGUACCCGAAGGUGGUCCUAUUCAUUUCGAUUGUCGAGUCGAACCAGUAAACGAUUCUACUAUGAGAAUCGAUUGGUUCCAUAACGGAAGACCGUUCGCGACAGGUUCUAGAGUACAUCAAAUCAACGAUUUCGGAUUUAUAUCUUUAGAUAUAGAUUAUUCGUAUACCAGAGACGCUGGUGAAUAUAUUUGUAGAGCUACUAAUAAAUGGGGAACGGCUACAACUAAAGCUACAGUUACUACUAAAACAAAAAAGAAUAUCGAUACAGAAAGUCAACUUCCAUCCGGUAUGAGCGCCGAAAAACUUAAAGAACUCGAAAAGGGACCGGUUUCUCAAGCUCCAGAUAAAGAAAAAACUUACUCUCCACCGAAAUUCAUCACGCAAAUCGAAUCCUCCACAGUCGAAGAAGCCGAAUCGGUACAUUUCGAAUGUAGAGUCGAACCAAAAGAUGAUCCUAAACUUAGAAUAGAAUGGUAUAGAAACGGUAAAUUAUUACCAUCAGGACAUCGUUAUAGAACAAUUUUCGAUCUGGGUUUCAUAUCACUUGAUAUCCUUUACGUUUAUUCCGAAGAUUCCGGCGAAUACGUUUGUAGAGCUGUCAAUGAUUACGGAGAAGAUUUUACUAAAGCCAGCGUUUCUUGUAAAAAACUACCGAAUAUCAUCUUACAGAAUCAAGUACCGAAAGGUAUGAAAAAAUCCGAGACUCUUAUGCAAAUGGAAGCGGCAAUUAAAAAGUAUACUUCAGAAAUCUAUCUAACAGAAGACGAUUUGUAUGAUGUAGAAAAGAAACAACCUCCGAGAUUCGUAACGCAAAUCAAAGAUCAAACUGAAUUAGUAGAAAUGCAAACUACUAAAUUCGAAUGUCAAUUAGCACCUGUCGGAGAUCCUAAUAUGAAAGUAGAAUGGUUCCUCAACGGAAAACCUCUACCACAUAAAAAUAGAUUUACCCCUAUUUACGAUUUCGGUUACGUCGCUAUGAAUUUCGGUUGGGUUUAUCCCGAAGAUAGCGGAGAAUAUUUAUGUAGAGCUACGAAUUUGUAUGGCAUGGACGAAACUAGAGCUAUAAUUAAAACAACCGGUAAACCUGGAAUAAUUUACGAUUCGCAAUUACCGAAAGGAAUGAAGAGUAUUGAAAAAAUUAGAGAACUCGAAGCCGCUUGGCAAAUUGUACCAGAAGAAGCACCCGAGGACGCUAAACCGCGUCAAGCGCCGGUAUUCGUCAGCAAACCCGAACCAGUUACAGUCGAAGAAGGAGAAUGGGCGAGAUUCUGUUGCAGAGUCACCGGUCAUCCUCGUCCUCGUGUUAUGUGGUUAAUUAACGGUCAUACUGUAGUUAAUGGUUCACGCUACAAGCUUACUUACGACGGAAUGUACCAUAUGGAUAUACCGAAAACCCGCCAGUACGAUACUGGUAAGGUCGAGGUGAUCGCUCGUAGUUCGGUUGGCGAAGCCAUCGCCGAAACUGAACUAAAAAUCAUACCAAGACAUGACGACUACCGCGGAGUUCUUAAGAAUUCACCGAGACCUUGGUACGAUCUGGAGCUAGCCGAUUAUCAAAAAGAACGUACCGAAACCGAACUCGAACGAGUGUUUGAUGAGCGCAACACUACUUUAAGAGAAACUGGUAUGAAUGUUACUGGAAUUCACGUGCAAUCCAAAGAAUAUUCAGAACCAGAUACAGAAUGGCAAAAAAGUAUAAAAGACAAAAAAAGCAAAGAAUAUUACAGCAAAUUACAAGAACUUGAAAAUCAACAAGUAUCUAAAGAAAUUAGACUACGCGAGCAAUCUCAUCAAUUCGCUAUACCGGGAGAAAAGAUUGUAAGCAGUACUGUCACCAGAGGAAUGGCACAACAAUAUGAAGAAAAUUUGGAAGAAAAACCUUCUUAUGACGUUAAUUUAGCACCGAUUCCUCGUCUACCUAAACCCGAGCAACCUAAACAAGUACCGCAUAAAGAUAUGGUCAGAUUAAGAAAAACCGAUAAAGGUCAAGAAUUCAUACAACAAGAAGUUGAAAUCGAUUCGAAAAAAGGAGCUUAUCCACCGGAACCUACGGAAUCCGGUGUACACGGAAGAGAAAUUCACGUAUCAAAACAAAAACAAACGCAAAAAGAAGUAAAAGGAGAUACCGAAAUCACGAGACAUAUCACAGCCACCGAAACAACCGACGUUGAACAUAAAGGUAAAACUACCGAAAGAGUGGUACAAGGACAAGUAUUACCAACAAACCCUCCGGUAUUUACUAAAAAGAUACAACCGGUGAGAGCGUUCGAAAACGAUUCGGCUAAAUUCGAAGUCGAAUUCGAUGGGGAUCCGUUACCAAAAAUAACCUGGUACAGAGAAAACUUCCCUAUAACAAGCUCCCCCGAUCUAAAAAUUUACACCUUCAGUACUAAAUCUAUUCUACAACUAAGACAAGUAUUUAUGGAAGAUUCGGGGGUGUUCAGCGUUGUAGCCGAAAAUCGUGGCGGUACUGCUAAAUGUAGUGCUAACUUGGUAGUACAAGAAAGACGUAGACAUGGUACUCGCGGCGCUAUUCCCCCAAGUUUCACCACGACAAUUCAAAGUACCAGAACCAAUAUUGGACAGUUGGUGAGAUUCGACGCUAAAAUAGACGGUACCAAACCCAUCGAUGUCUAUUGGUUGAAAAACGGGAAGAAAAUCGUUUCAGAUAUAAGAUACAAAACUUUGGAAGAAGACGAGGUAUAUACUCUAUUGAUUAUUGAAGUAGUACCUGAAGACGCCGGAAAAUACGAAUGUGUGGCUAUUAAUAAUUCAGGCGAAGCUCGAUGCGAAGCUGAAUGUAUAAUAACAACUCCAUCAUCAGCUCAAAAACCUUCCAAACCAACAACUCCAGGUUCCGAGAAAGCCCCUACGGUUAUAGAACCACUCAAAGAUCAAACAAUAAAAGAAGGCCAAGCCGUAAUGUUUAGAUGCAAAAUAUCAGCUAAACCGACUGCGACUAUCAAAUGGCAAAAGGCGGACAAAGUUAUCAAACCCUCCAAAUACUUCCAAAUGACCAAAGAAGGAGAUUUUUGUAUGCUAAAGAUUUCCGAAGCCUUCCCCGAAGACGAAGGAAUCUAUAAAUGCGUAGCUGAAAAUCCAGCCGGUCUUGUAUCAACUCAGGGAAAAUUAAAAGUCGUAGUACCCGAAACUCAAGAAGUUGCUCCAUCUUUGUCCCCCAUGAAAGAUAUAACCGUACUCGAAGGUAGUCCAGCUCAAUUUAAAACUACCAUUUCUGGUAAACCUAAGCCUACUAUCCAAUGGUUGAGAGAAGGUUUCCUCAUACCUGAAUCGCCAGAUUUUCAGAUGAUUCAAGAAGGAAAUAAUGCCGUUUUAUUGAUAUCUUCGACGUACGAAGAAGACACAGGAAUUUUCACUUGCAGAGCAACUUCGUCGGCAGGUCAAGUUGAACAAUCCGCUAAACUAAUAGUCAAAAAACGCGUAGGAACGUAUCGAAAAACAUCAAAAACCGAAAUAAUAGAUCGUGACGACAAACAAACAUACAUUAAGGAUGGAAUUGGUGGAGGUCCGGGAACGAAUUCACAAAAAGCAACAUUAGGUUCGAAAGGAGGCUCGCAACAACUGCAAGAAGAUAUUGAAUUACCAGUAGGCGAUGAAUCAUUGCCUUGGAGACAAAAAAGAGUGCGAAAAACUUACAGGAAAGAUUCAACGAGUCUUCAAAGAAUUGAAGAACAACAAAAAUCACAGGUUCAACCAUGGACACAACAACAGAUAAUUCUAAAGAAAACUAAAAUAGAAAAGAAAGAUAUUGAAAGAGAAAAAUUAGAGGAUGUUACUUUGAAGCCUCUUAAACAACCUUAUACAGAAACUGAGGAUGAGACUAUGUUAGAAUUCGAAACAGAACAAAUUACACAAGAAAAAGGUUUGUCUAAGAAAGAUUGGCGUAAAGAAAGAAGACCAGAACAACAUAUACAACAACACCUUGAAACUGAGGAUACUACUAAAUUGAAAAUUAUAGAACAAGAACUAAUCGAGACUGAUCAAAAACUACAACAAAAAGAUUGGCGUAAGCAAAGAACUCGAAUAGAAAAACAAUUCCAUGAAGAAGACAAAACUUUGUUAAAAUUAGAUGAAAAUAUUACUGAACAACAACAACAGACUGCUGAAUUCAAAGACUGGAGAAAGAAAAAAAUAACUGAAGAUAUUCCACAUAAAAAGCAGGAAGAAGUUAAAAGAGAAAUAGAAAAACCAGUACAAGAACCGAUACCUUGGAAUAAACAAGAAAUAGUAUUGAAAAAGACACCGAGACAACAAAAAGAAAUUCCAAAAGAAACAUUAGAAGAAGUUUCUCUAAAACCGUUAAAGGUCGGAUCUGUAACUGAAACACAACCAGAUGAAGAUGAAACGAGGAAACCUAAACAAGAAAUAGAAUCAACUCAGAUUGUUGAAGAUACAUCUGUUUUAAGAAUAGAUGAGAAUCAGAACGUGAUUGAAAGUCAACAAUUAGAAGCACGUGUUUGGAGACAACGCAAGAAACCAGAAACUGAAGAACGACCAAAACCUAAGAUGCCAUGGAAUAAACAAGAGAUUAAAUUGAAGAAAACGCAUAGGGAACACAGAGAAAUCGUUAAAGAGAGAAUAGAAGAUGAGAAAACUGAAAUUCCGCAAUAUAAAGUAACAGAAGAAGUAUCCACAUUUGAGGAAGGUGAAGAAGAAAUUGUACCAUGGAAAAAACAUGCUCUCGCUAUUAAACGUACUAAGAUAGAAAAGAAAGAACAAGUAAAAGAUAUCGUGGAAGAAGUCGAGCUCAAACCUUUCAAAAAACAUCACGUUGAAGAAAAAACUCUAAUUAAAGAUACGGAAGUAGAAUCUCAAGAGAUUCCAAAGGAACAAGAUGUACCUGAUACGAAAUCAUGGCGAAAACCAAAACAACCACUCAAGCCUAGUGUGGAAGAAGAACAGCAAGUUGUACCAGAAACCCAACAGCUCGAAAAGAAACUUACAGAGAUAUAUAAAGUAAAAGAAGAUGACAUUGAUUUGCAAAAACCAAAAGAAGAAGAAGUUCCAUGGAACAAACAAGCUAUUACUUUGAAGCGAACGAAAAAGGAACGCAAGGAAAUUGUUAAAGAUGAGAUAGAGAAAGUAGAGUUGAAACCAUUCAAGAAACAGCAUAUAGAAGAAGAAGUUAUUAUAAAAGACGUGGAAGAGGAGAAAGAAGAAGAUAAAGGACAGAAAGUUGUCAAGAAGAUUAAAAAAGACAAAAUAUUAAGAGAUGAUAGAAUCGAAAUUGAGGAACAAAAGAUAACCGAGCAAGUUCCAAAGGAAGAAACUGUGAAAACAGAUAUAGCAAAGGUGGAAGAUGUUCCUGAAAUCCAACAGCCCGAUACAAAAUCUUGGCGCAAGCCUAGACAACCUCUGAAGCCAGAAGUAGAGCAGCAACAACCAGUUGUUCCUGAAGAAGAAAAACUUGAGGAAGUUCCAAAAGAGAUAUUCAAAGUAAUAGAAGAAGAUAUUGAUUUGCAAAAACCAAAAGAAGAAGUAGUUCCAUGGAACAAACAAGCUAUUACUUUGAAACGAACUAAAAAGGAACGAAAGGAAAUUGUUAAAGAUGAGUUGGGGAAAGUAGAGUUGAAACCAUUCAAGAAACAGCAUAUAGAAGAAGAAGUUAUUAUAAAAGACGUGGAAGAGGAGAAAGAAGAAGAUAAAGGACAGAAAGUUGUCAAGAAGAUUAAAAAAGACAAAAUAUUAAGAGAUGAUAGAAUCGAAAUUGAGGAACAAAAGAUAACCGAGCAAGUUCCAAAGGAAGAAACUGUGAAAACAGAUAUAGCAAAGGUGGAAGAUGUUCCUGAAAUCCAACAGCCCGAUACAAAAUCUUGGCGCAAGCCUAGACAACCUCUGAAGCCAGAAGUAGAGCAGCAACAACCAGUUGUUCCUGAAGAAGAAAAACUUGAGGAAGUUCCAAAAGAGAUAUUCAAAGUAAUAGAAGAAGAUAUUGAUUUGCAAAAACCAAAAGAAGAAGUAGUUCCGUGGAACAAACAAGCUAUUGCUUUAAAGCGAACUAAGAAGGAACGAAAGGAAGUUGUUAAAGAUGAGAUAGAGAAAGUAGAGUUGAAACCAUUCAAGAAGCAGCAUAUAGAAGAAGAAGUUAUUAUAAAAGACGUGGAAGAGGAGAAAGAAGAAGAUAAACGAAAGAAAGUUGACAAGAAAAUUGAAAAAGACAAAAUUGUAAGAGAUGAUAGAAUCGAAAUUGAAGAACAAAAGAUAAGCGAGAAAGUUCCAAAGAAAGAAACUGUGAAAACAGAUAUAGCAAAGGUGGAAGAUGUUCCUGAAAUCCAACAGCCCGAUACAAAAUCUUGGCGCAAGCCUAGACAACCUCUAAAACCAGAAGUAGAACAGCAACAACCAGUUGUUCCUGAAGAAGAAAAACUUGAGGAAGUGCCUAAAGACAUAUACAAAGUAAAAGAAGAAGAUAUUGAUUUGCAAAAACCAAAAGAAGAAGUAGUUCCAUGGAACAAACAAGCUAUCACUUUGAAACGAACUAAAAAGGAACGAAAGGAAAUUGUUAAAGAUGAGUUAGAGAAAGUAGAGUUGAAACCAUUCAAGAAGCAGCAUAUAGAAGAAAAAGUUAUUAUAAAAGACGUGGAAGAGGAGAAAGAAGAAGAUAAAGGACAGAAAGUUGUCAAGAAGAUUAAAAAAGACAAAAUAGUAAGAGAUGAUAGAAUCGAAAUUGAGGAACAAAAGAUAACCGAGCAAGUUCCAAAGGAAGAAACUGUGAAAACAGAUAUAGCAAAGUUGGAAGAUGUUCCUGAAAUCCAACAGCCUGAUAAAAAAUCUUGGCGCAAGCCUAGACAACCUCUGAAGCCAGAGGUAGAGCAGCAAAAACCGAUUGUUCCUGAAGAGGAACAGGCUGAGGAAGUUCCAAAAGAGAUAUUCAAAGUAAUAGAAGAAGAUAUUGAUUUGCAAAAACCAAAAGAAGAAGUAGUUCCGUGGAACAAACAAGCUAUUACUUUAAAGCGAACUAAGAAGGAACGAAAGGAAAUUGUUAAAGAUGAGAUAGAGAAAGUAGAGUUGAAACCAUUCAAGAAGCAGCAUAUAGAAGAAGAAGUUAUUAUAAAAGACGUGGAAGAGGAGAAAGAAGAAGAUAAAGGACAGAAAGUUGUCAAGAAGAUUAAAAAAGACAAAAUAUUAAGAGAUGAUAGAAUCGAAAUUGAGGAACAAAAGAUAACCGAGCAAGUUCCAAAGGAAGAAACUGUGAAAACAGAUAUAGCAAAGGUGGAAGAUGUUCCUGAAAUCCAACAGCCCGAUACAAAAUCUUGGCGCAAGCCUAGACAACCUCUGAAGCCAGAAGUAGAGCAGCAACAACCAGUUGUUCCUGAAGAAGAAAAACUUGAGGAAGUUCCAAAAGAGAUAUUCAAAGUAAUAGAAGAAGAUAUUGAUUUGCAAAAACCAAAAGAAGAAGUAGUUCCAUGGAACAAACAAGCUAUUACUUUGAAACGAACUAAAAAGGAACGAAAGGAAAUUGUUAAAGAUGAGUUGGGGAAAGUAGAGUUGAAACCAUUCAAGAAACAGCAUAUAGAAGAAGAAGUUAUGAUAAAAGACGUGGAAGAGGAGAAAGAAGAAGAUAAAGGACAGAAAGUUGUCAAGAAGAUUAAAAAAGACAAAAUAGUAAGAGAUGAUAGAAUCGAAAUUGAGGAACAAAAGAUAACCGAGCAAGUUCCAAAGGAAGAAACUGUGAAAACAGAUAUAGCAAAGUUGGAAGAUGUUCCAAAGGAAGAAACUGUGAAAAUAGAUAUGGCAAAAGUGGACGAUGUUCCUGAAAUUCAACAGCCUGAUAUAAAAUCUUGGCGCAAGCACAGACAACCUUUGAAGCCAGAAGUAGAGCAGCAACAACCAGAUAUUCCUGAAGAAGAAAAACUUGGAGAAGUUCCAAAAGAGAUAUUCAAAGUAAUAGAAGAAGAUAUUGAUUUGCAAAAAACAAAAGAAGAAGUAGUUCCAUGGAACAAACAAGCUAUUACUUUGAAACGAACUAAAAAGGAACGAAAGGAAAUUGUUAAAGAUGAGUUGGAGAAAGUAGAGUUGAAACCAUUCAAGAAACAGCAUAUAGAAGAAGAAAUUAUUAUAAAAGACGUGGAAGAGGAGAAAGAAGAAGAUAAAAGAAAGAAAGUUGCCAAGAAGAUUGAAAAAGACAAAAUAGUAAGAGAUGAUAGAAUCGAAAUUGAAGAACAAAAGAUAACUGAGCAAGUUCCAAAGGAAGAAACUGUGAAAAUAGACAUGGCAAAAGUGGACGAUGUUCCUGAAAUUCAACAGCCUGAUAUAAAAUCUUGGCGCAAGCCUAGACAACCUCUGAAGCCAGAAGUAGAGCAGCAACAACCAGAUGUUCCUGAAGAAGAAAAACUUGAGGAAGUUCCAAAAGAGAUAUUCAAAAUAAUAGAAGAAGAUAUUGAUUUGCAAAAACCAAAAGAAGAAGUAGUUCCAUGGAACAAACAAGCUAUUACUUUGAAACGAACUAAAAAGGAACGAAAGGAAAUUGUUAAAGAUGAGUUGGAGAAAGUAGAGUUGAAACCAUUCAAGAAACAGCAUAUAGAAGAAGAAGUUAUUAUAAAAGACGUGGAAGAGGAGAAAGAAGAAGAUAAUCGAAAGAAAGUUGACAAGAAGAUUGAAAAAGACAAAAUUGUAAGAGAUGAUAGAAUCGAAAUUGAAGAACAAAAGAUAACUGAGCAAGUUCCAAAGGAAGAAACUGUGAAAAUAGAUAUGGCAAAAGUGGACGAUGUUCCUGAAAUUCAACAGCCUGAUAUAAAAUCUUGGCGCAAGCCCAGACAACCUCUGAAGCCAGAAGUAGAGCAGCAACAACCAGAUGUUCCUGAAGAAGAAAAACUUGAGGAAGUUCCAAAAGAGAUAUUCAAAGUAAUAGAAGAAGAUAUUGAUUUGCAAAAACCAAAAGAAGAAGUAGUUCCAUGGAACAAACAAGCUAUUACUUUGAAGCGAACGAAAAAGGAACGAAAGGAAAUUGUUAAAGAUGAGUUAGAGAAAGUAGAGCUGAAACCAUUCAAGAAAGAGGAAAUCGAAGAGAAAGAUGUGAUAAAAGAUGUAGAAGAAGAAAAGGGAGAUGUUGAUUCGAAAAAACGGAAGAAGAGUAUCAAAAACGUUAGAGAAGACAAAAAAUUGAAAGAUGAAAGAAUUGAAAUUGAAGAACAAGAUCAAGAAGUGCAAUUUCCUAAAGAAGAGAUAGUCGAAACCAAAUUAGCAGAGGUGGAAGAGGUUCCCGAAACCAAGCAACCUGAAACAAAAUCAUGGCGUAAACCGAAACAACCAAUUAAAGGCGAAGACGCCCAGGAACAAGUACUCAAGCCCGAAGAAACUCAACAGCCAGAAGAAACAGUUAAAGAUAUAUAUAAGGUACACGAGGAAGAAAUUAUCAUACAAAAAACUGAGGAAGAAAUUAUUCCUUGGAAUAAAGAAGCUGUAAAACUCAAGCCAACACAAGUACAAAAGAAAGAACAAGUCAAAGAAGAUUUAGAGAAAGUAGAACUUAGACCUUUGAAGAAAAAGACCUUGGAAGGUAAAAUAAUUUCAUCAUCCUCAGAAGAAGAGGAAGAAGAAGAGAUACAUAUCGAUAAAUCCAAGCGAAAGAUAAGAAAGAAGAAAAGAAAGGUAAAACCAGAGAAAACUGCAAUUCCUGAUGAAAAGGCAGUCGAACAACCAAAAGAUGAAGAAGAAGAGAGAGAUCAAGAAGAAAAAAUACCAGAUUCGAUUAUAAUAGAAACAGUUACAGAAGUUGAAGAUACUAUAGUAUUAAAAGUAGAAGAUAAAGAAAAGCUUAAACCUAAAGUUGCUAAAAAAUACGAUCAAGAAGAAAUAAAACCAGAAGAAGUAAAACUGAAACCAGUUAAGCGUCCCGAAACUAAGACUGAAGAAGAAACUGAAAUUGAAAAAGUCAGUUUGAAACCAAUCCCCAAAGAAGAAACUAUAAUAGAAGAGAAAACGACAAGAAAAAUUAAACCCAAGAAGCCAACAAAAUAUGAAGAACUGCCAGAAAUUGAGGAUAACGAUAAAUACAUUCCUGAAGUCCCGGAUAAAGUCGAUUUCGACAAAAAACCAAUGGAGGAACAAGAAACGCAGAGUAUCCCAUGGCAACGACAAGAAAAACCGAAGAAGGAUGUCCCAGAAGAAGAAAAAAUUACAAUUAAAAUUGGAAAAGGAAAAAUACCUAAAAAAGAGGAAACAAAAGAAGAGGUUAAUUUGAAACCAGUUAAGAAAACUCCACAAGAAGUCCAAAAAAUAACGGAAAUCACGACACCAAAGAAAAUACCAAAAACUGAUGUGGAAUCUAAAGAUUUAGGAGAAAUUAACUUAGAGAUACCUUCAAAAACUGAAGAAGAGAAGAUUGACGUCGUAAUAAUGCAACCGGUGGCACCAUCGGAUGAAAUUCGAGAAGCAGAACCCAUACCUGAAGAAACGACAGCUCCUUGGAGGAGAACACCAAAAGAAAAGCCGAAAGAAAUCGAGGAAUCCAAAGAUUGGCCUAAAGGUAAAAGAAAACCUAUUCCAGAGGAAGAAAAAGAAGAUAUUAAACUCAAACCCAUUUACAAAGAUAAAUCUGCUCUGCCAGAAUAUAAAAUUGAAAUGGAGGAUGUAAAACGAGAAACUCCAACAGAAGUUGAAAUAGAAGAGGUCGAAGAUCAAAUAUCAAUAAAGCCAAUCGCAAAGAAAACCAAGAAAGAGAAGCAGAAAACAAAAUCAAAAAUACCGGAAACAGAAAAACCGGAAUUAUCACAAAUAGAAGAAAUGAUAGAUUAUCAAACUCCAGAAGUUGAGGAACAACUACAACUAAAACCGGAAAAAGUAGAAGAAGUUCCCAUAGAAGACACCAAAGUAGUCAUGUCUACGACUGAAAUAAAACUAAAAGAAAAGAAAGUAGUAUCCAAGACGCCCGAAGAAAUUGUGCAACAGCCUACGGAAGAGAAAGAUCAAGAAGAAUUCCAGAAAGAUAUUACCGUAAAAAUAUCAUCUAAAAAAAUCAAAAAAGACAAACCAAAGAUGGUUUCAUUUGAUGAUAGUCAACCUAUUCCAGAAUUAGAGAUAAUUUCUCAAAAAAGGAUAACAGAAACAAUCGAUAAAUUACCAGUAGAAAAUCUAACUGACGAUGUAGAAAUUAAAGAAAAGACAACGCAAAAAACAGUAAUGGAAAAAACUAUCGGAAGGAGAGCCAAAAAGAAGACCGUUGCUCCCAGAUUUAUCCAAAGAGUUGAACCUGUGGUUGCGGAAGAAGGUAAACCAGCAAUUAUAACCUGUAAAGUUGAAGGUACUCCAUUCCCCGAAAUAACAUGGUACAAAAACGAAAAAAUAUUCCAAGCUAACGAAAGAGCUUUCGUUAAUAUCGUUGAAGAUACAGUCACCUUGGAGUUUGCGAAAGUAGAACCUCAAGAUGUUGCUAUUUAUUCUUGCAAAGCUACAAAUUCGGCUGGUGCAGCAACAUCUACAGCUAACCUUGUCAUUUUAGAAAAAGAAGAAACUGGCGAAGCUCCUCAUUUCGUACAACCUCUACAACCUCAAAUAGUUAAAGAAACGGACGUAGCUAGAAUGGAAUGCAUAGUAACCGGUCAUCCAACACCAAAAGUAUCUUGGUUCAAAGAAGGAAAACCCAUCAAAUCGAGUCCUGAACAUAAAAUUGCUUUUAAUCCCGAAACUGGUUCGGCUACGUUAGAAAUUUUAAAACCGACACCUUUAGAUGAAAGAGUCUACAGUGUUAAAGCCAAAAAUAAAUUUGGUAGCGCCGAAUGUAGGGCCAAUUUAGUUAUUUCUAAAUCGUUAGCAGUAACACAACCGAUCGUUAUGCAUGCACCGAAGAUAACAAAACCUGUAGAAGCAGUAUUAGCUCGAUCCGAUGAAGAUAUAGUUUUGGAAUCUAGUUUCGAAGGUACUCCAACACCAGAAAUUACUUGGUUAAGAAACGGUACGGAAAUCAAACCAAGUCUAGAUUAUAAAAUCGAAACUACUGAUAAUACCACAAAACUUAUAAUAAAGAAAACAGUGAACAAGAAACAGAAAGGUGGAAAAUACGAGGUUCGAGCGAAAAAUGAAAGGGGCGAAGCCAGAUCUUCCGGUUCCGUACAAAUCGUCGAACAAACAUACGACGCACAACCGCCGAGAUUCACAGAAGUUAUCAAACCUCAAAAAGCUACAUUCGGGGAAGUCGUUAUACUAGAAGCUAAAGUUGAAGCUAUUCCAGACGCCACGUUCCAAUGGUUCCACGAAACUACACCCAUAGAAACGUCAGAAGCUACGCGUAUAUUCACAAAAGACAACAAAUCAGUUCUACUAAUUUCCGAAAUCACCCCACAAUACGCAGGAUCGAUUACUUGCAGAGCUGAAAACGUAGUAGGUUCCGUAACUUGUUCAGCGACAAUAUCAAUAAUCGAAAAUACAGAUUUCGAAGAAACAACCGAAUUGGUGUAUCCAAGAUUCGUCAAAAGACUUUCUCCUAUUAGAGUUAUGGACGGAGAUCGAGUGGAAUUCAGUUGUGUAGUUACAGGUAAACCCACACCGAAAGUCGAAUGGUUCCAUAAGAACUUACCAGUUAAAGAAGCUAAAGACGUUACAAUCUACCAAGAUACCGAAGGAGUUUGUACUCUAGCUAUUACUGAAGUUUUUCCGGAAAACGCUGGUGAAUAUACUUGUCUAGCCGUUAACCGAGAAGGAGAAGCUAUUUGUAAAGCUUCUUUAAUUGUCGAAGCUUACGAGUACGUUCCUGAUUCUGAAUUAGGACAAAUGACUGGAUCCGAAGAAGACCUUUUAGCCGAUAAGACUAUAAGUGAAACUGACUACUUCCCAUCGGACAGCGACGUAGAAUGUGCUCCAAAGAUAAUCAAAAAGUUGCCGCAAGUGAUUCAAGCUAAAGAUGGAGAAAUAACCAGAUUUGAGGUACAAGCUACUGGUAAACCAAAGCCCGAAGGAAAAUGGUUGAAGCACGGAGAAGAAAUAAUUCCUUCUAACGAAUUCAUUAUCGAAAACUUCGAUGAUGGUACUUCGGUUUUAACAAUUUCUGAAGUAUUUCCUGAUGAUACCGGAGAUAUAGUUUACGAAGCUACAAAUCCACUCGGUGUAGCCGUUACUACAACUGAAUUAGUCGUAGAAACAGUCGAAGGUAUUGUAGGUACAAAGGAAUACCGUAAACCGGAAUGGGUAACACAUAUGGAAGAAUUAUCCGCGGCCCUUAAAGCUGCGCAAAGUCCCCCGACGUUUAUUAAAGAAAUCACCAACAUUUUCACAACUGAAGCAGAAACCAUCAAAUUCGAAUGUUUCAUUUCUGGGACACCUCAACCAGAUGUGAUAUGGUAUCACAACGACAAAAUCAUUCGGAAUACUGACCGUAUCAAAGUGAAGAUUGAAGAUAAUACAACGAGUGUAAAUAUUACAGACGUACAACUUGAAGAUAUGGGAACAUACGUUUGUAAAGCAAUAAGCGAAAUAGGAGAAGCCGUUACCAAAGCUACCUUAAACGUACAAGAAAUACCAGAAUAUAAAAAAGAACAAAUCAAAAUACGAAAAGCAAAAGAACAAGAAGAAAAAGUUAAGAAAGAACGCGUUAAGAUUGAAAAGAAGAAAGACAUACGUAAACGCGUAACAACAACAAUAACAGAUGAAGAAAAACCAAUAGAUGUAACUGAAAUACAAGCAAUCGAAUCAAUUGAAGAAAUACCAGAAGCUGAAAAACCAGCUAAAGCUAAACCUAUAUUAGACAUUAAAGAACCUCUUAAAACAGAAGCUAUUGCUACAGCUAAAAAGAUUGAUGAUCAAGAAACAGAGGAAAUACCAAAAGAAAAAGCUACAGAAUUACUAUCGCCGGCAGAAGCGACUUACGCCGAAGAAAUACUUACCGAAGAAAUUAUUAAAGAUAUUGAAAAGAUUUUUCCGAGAACAUCUAAAGCUACAAGAACCGUUCAGUCUGGUGUAACCGAAUUAGUUGAUAUAACAGAAGUUAAUUUGGAACAAAUUAUCGAACGUUGUGAAAAGAUUAUUCGUAAAAGCGAGCUUAAAAUGGCUAAAGAAGUUUCGGAAAUGCUCAAAUUUAUAAAACCUAAAGAAUUUGGACCGGGAGAAAAUCCGUUACGAGAAAUAGCAGAAAUCGGCUAUUUACUAAAAAACGGUAUUACCGUCAAAGAAAUAACAGUCCUCUACGAAGAAGACAGAUUCCCCUCUUUGAAAUCACCGCAAGCCCAAUCCGCCAUGGUGAACGUCGUCGAACGUAAAGGAUACGGACCGUUGGUAUCCGAAGUUUUAACUGAAGAGAGUACCGUUGACGAAACUGUACUUGCUGCUACUGUAGGUUUCAGAGCGUUCAUGAAAAUGGUGGAAGCUAACUACGUCACUAUUGAAGAAGUCAUAACUAGUUUUACUCCUCAGGAUUUCCUUCAACGGUUAUGGGAAACUGCAGAAGUAACUGAGGUUACUUCCAAGACAGUUACAGAAAUUGUUACAAUUGGAGAAGAAGUUGAAAUAAUUGAAGAUUCAAGAAUAACAAGAAAGGAUAGGAUAGAGAAGAAAGAUAUUGAAGAAACCGUUGAAGAAGAAGAAGAUACAGAAAAAGUCAUUAAACGUCGACUACCAGAGAAAAAACAUUCAGUAGAAAUCACCGAGAUCACUGAAAUAGAAGAAGAACAACCUACUGUAGAAGAAGUGACAAAUGAAAAUGUUGAGGAAAAUCGUGACGUUAAGAAAAAAAUAAUUAGAAUUAAAAGACAAAAACGAAAAGACGAUGAUAAAGAAGAAGUAGAAAUCGAGGAAAUUAUCGAUUUAAAGAAACCAACUGCUAAAAAAGAUCUAAAACAAGAAGAAGAAAUAGAAAUAGAAGAAAUUAUAGACGAAACUAAAGAUAUUAAAAAGAAAAUAAAGAUGUAUAAACCUAGAACUAGUGAAUUCGGUAUGGACGAAGAAGAUUUAGGACCUCUAGAAGAUAUCGAACUACCAUCUCAUACACAAUUACCUUUAAAUACUUCGAAAGUCGUUUCAGAAGCUGUUACAACGGGAGCUUUAGCUCACUUAAAUGAAAUCGUAACUGAUUCCAAAGCAGAUGUUGAAGUUCUUCCACAUUCAGCAAUUGAGCAAAAAGAAGUUUUAAUAAACGAAAGCGGAAAGAAAUAUGACAAAGUUACAGAUUUAUCUGCAAAUGCCCAGACUAGUAUAGACAACGUCGAAGCUUUACAAAUAUCAGAGCAAACAUCUCAUGAUAUACCAAAACAAUUUGAAGGUACUUUCAAACCUUCGAGCUCCAGUGCUAAAGAAAUUAUACAACCUCAUGAGACCGUACAAGUUGAAGAAGUGACUUUAGGUGACACUUCCACGACGUACGAUGAACAUUUUGUACCUGAUAACAAAGCUACAAUGUCUAUACUACCACAAGAAGCUAAGACUAUUUCAGAAACAGAAGUUUCUUUAAAAGAGACUGAAUUUACUCCAGCUUCCGUUGAAAAUGUUAAACCUCUUGAGAUAAAUAUGUCUGCUGUUUAUUCUGAAGCUACAAGUACUAGCGAAGUAGCCCAAACUGAUGAAGACGUUGAAAAGCUUCAAGCUACUGUGGAUCUUGUACCACAUGUUGCGAUUUUGGAACAAACAGUUCUCGCAGAAGAAAAAGAAAGAUUUGGUGAGGAUUUCCAUCCUGGUACUUCAUUAGCAACUAAAUCGAUAGAUUCUGUGGAAGCUUUUGAAGUAACUGAAACUACUAUUCAAAGCUCUACAGGUGAUCAUAUCCCACAGAAAACACCAAAUUUGAUCAAUGCUGAAAAGAGUUUACAGCCUCAUGAAACUGUACAAGUAGAAGAAGUGACUUUGGGUGACACUUCCACGACGUACGAUGAACAUUUUGUUCCUGACAACAAAGCUACAAUGUCGAUACUUCCACAAGAAGCUAAGACUAUUUCAGAAACAGAAGUUUCUUUAAAAGAGACUGAAUUUACUCCAGCUUCCGUUGAAAAUGUUAAACCUCUUGAGAUAAAUAUGUCUGCUGUUUAUUCUGAAGCUACAAGUACAAGCGAAGUAGCUCAAACUGAUGAAGACGUUGAAAAGCUUCAAGCUACUGUGGAUCUUGUACCACACGUUGCGAUUUUGGAACAAACAGUUCUCGCAGAAGAAAAAGAAAGAUUUGGUGAGGAUUUCCAUCCUGGUACUUCAUUAGCAACUAAAUCGAUAGAUUCUGUGGAAGCUUUUGAAGUAACUGAAACUACUAUUCAAAGCUCUACAGGUGAUCAUAUCCCACAGAAAACACCAAAUUUGAUCAAUGCUGAAAAGAGUUUACAGCCUCAUGAAACUGUACAAGUAGAAGAAGUGACUUUGGGUGACACUUCCACGACGUACGAUGAACAUUUUGUUCCUGACAACAAAGCUACAAUGUCUAUACUUCCACAAGAAGCUAAGACUAUUUCAGAAACAGAAGUUUCUUUAAAAGAGACUGAAUUUACUCCAGCUUCCGUUGAAAAUGUUAAACCUCUUGAGAUAAAUAUGUCUGCUGUUUAUUCUGAAGCUACAAGUACAAGCGAAGUAGCUCAAACUGAUGAAGACGUUGAAAAACUUCAAGCUACUGUGGAUCUUGUACCGCACAUUGCGAUUUUGGAACAAACAGUUCUUGCAGAAGAAAAAGAAAGAUUUGGUGAGGAUUUCCAUCCUAGUACUUCAUUAGCAACUAAAUCGAUAGAUUCUGUGGAAGCUUUUGAAGUAACUGAAACUACUAUCCAAAGCUCUACAGGUGAUCAUAUCCCACAGAAAACACCAAAUUUGAUCAAUGCUGAAAAGAGUUUACAGCCUCAUGAAACUGUACAAGUAGAAGAAGUGACUUUGGGUGACACUUCCACGACGUACGAUGAACAUUUUGUUCCUGACAACAAAGCUACAAUGUCGAUACUUCCACAAGAAGCUAAGACCAUUUCAGAAACAGAAGUUUCUUUAAAAGAGACUGAAUUUACUCCAGCUUCCGUUGAAAAUGUUAAACCUCUUGAGAUAAAUAUGUCUGCUGUUUAUUCUGAAGCUACAAGUACAAGCGAAGUAGCUCAAACUGAUGAAGACGUUGAAAAGCUUCAAGCUACUGUGGAUCUUGUACCACACGUUGCGAUUUUGGAACAAACAGUUCUUGCCGAAGAAAAAGAAAGAUUUGGUGAGGAUUUCCAUCCUAGUACUUCAUUAGCAACUAAAUCGAUAGAUUCUGUGGAAGCUUUUGAAGUAACUGAAACUACUAUCCAAAGCUCUACAGGUGAUCAUAUCCCACAGAAAACACCAAAUUCGAUCAAUGCUGAAAAGAGUUUACAGCCUCAUGAAACUGUACAAGUAGAAGAAGUGACUUUGGGUGACACUUCCACGACGUACGAUGAACAUUUUGUUCCUGACAACAAAGCUACUAUGUCUAUACUUCCACAAGAAGCUAAGACUAUUUCAGAAACAGAAGUUUCUUUAAAAGAGACUGAAUUUACUCCAGCUUCCGUUGAAAAUGUUAAACCUCUUGAGAUAAAUAUGUCUGCUGUUUAUUCUGAAGCUACAAGUACAAGCGAAGUAGCCCAAACUGAUGGAGACGUUGAAAAACUUCAAGCUACUGUGGAUCUUGUACCGCACGUUGCGAUUUUGGAACAAACAGUUCUUGCAGAAGAAAAAGAAAGAUCUGGUAAAGAUUUCCAGCCUAGUACUUCACUUGCUACUAGAUCAAUAGAUGCUGUAGAAGCUUUCGAAAUAACUGAAACUAAUGUUCAAAACUCUAUAGGUGACUAUAUAACUCAAACAUCGCCUAAUUUAUCAAGCGCCUCAACAGAAUUUAUAUCCAAAGAAAGUUUAGUUAUCCAAGAAAAUUAUUUAGGAGAUGUACCUGCUGAUUUACAACAAAAAGAAGCAGCACACGGAUUAGCAAACAUAAAUAUUAUACCUCAAGAAGCUACACAUAUUUCGGAAGUAUUGAUUUCUCAAAAAGAAGUUGAACUCGAAGAUUUCACAAGACCCAAAGAAGUUCAUGCAGAUACAGGGUUUUCUACUAAAGAAGGUAUUAACGUCGAGGAAGUCCAACAAGGUAUGGCAGAAGCGGGCUUAAGUUUAGAAAAACCAAAAGCUGUAACACCAAAAUACAAUUUCGAUGCGAGAGAAGCUCUAACAGUAGAAGAAGUUUUAGCUGAAGAUAAACCCGGUAAACAUUUUCCAGAAGCCUUCGUAGCUACUGAAAUAGCUUCAAAAAGUUUCAUUACGCAAAAAUCUUUAUCGCAACAUCAAACUAUUGCUCCCGAAUUAGAAGGAGAAUAUAUCCCUGGAAGACUUCCUCCAGGACAAUUAGCUCAGAUUAAUAUAUCUAGCGGUGAAGGAAUAAUUGUAUCACAAACAGAAAUAUCUGAAAAAGAAAAAGUGCUAGAAAAGUUUCAACAAGGUGAAACUGCUGAAGCUACAGAAGAUAUUUUGUUUUCCGAAGGAAUCGUGGUUACCACAACAGACUGUCAGCAACCUCAACAGCAGAUUUUAGAAGAAACUAUCGAUUAUAAAAAGAGUACCAUUGAAUUAUCACCUUUAGAAGCUUUGGUAUCACAAGAUACGUUUUUCAACGAGAUGGAGAAACAUUACGAAGAAGAAAAACCUUCUUUCAAAACAGCUGAUACUUCAUUUAAUUUGAUAGAGAUUCCUAGCAACACAAUGACUACAGUUGAGGAAUCAGAAAAUGAAUUACCAGUAUACUCCCAACCAACAAAAGUACUUCCAGUUUCUUCGUUUUCCCCCAACCAAUCUCUUACAAUUGAAGAAAUAGAAACUAACGAACUACCAGAUAGUUUUAAAGAUUAUCCUAAAUUUACAACUGAUGUAGCUUCUUUAGAUAUAGAAACUCAAGAAGCAACUCACGUAACUGAAACUAACGUUAUAGAAACUGAUACGACAUACGAAGUAACUCAAAAAGAAAGUUAUAAUAUAGAAACAUCUUUAACUGGACCGUUACAGGAAGUGGAAAUAACCGAAUCGCAAUUAUUAGAAAUGGAAAAACAUCUAAAGAAAUUUGAGCUUCCAGAUACUCAAAAAGUAAAACAAGUUCCCACUACGCUUUUACCUACUGGAGUGACUGAAGAAAUAAUAGCAGAUGAUAGUAUAGAGAGUCUCAAAUUGAUUAAAAAUAUUGAGAGUACUGCAGAAUUUUCGCAAUCGUUACAUAAUGAAAUUGUAGUAAGUGAAGCACAAAUAACAGAAGAUGUGGAAAAAAUUGAAGACGUUAAAACAGAUUCAAAACAAGCAACACAAACAAUACUUCCUCAAGAAGCUUUGAACGUAAUAGAAACUACUUCAGAAGACAAAGAAAAGCAGUAUUCACCAGACGAAACACCAUCAGGAGUUCAAGCUACUUUAGAUAUAUCCGCACAACAAGUAGCAAGUAAUAUUUUAACAGAAAUACAAGAAUCAUUAAAUACUUUUAAAAUUGAAGCAGUUCAAGAAGCUACAGCUAACCCAGAACAAGAAACUCUAAGCACAAUAGAGAUUACCCAGCAUGAAACAGCGGAAAAAGAAGAAGAAUAUUUAGAAAAGAAACCAGAAAGUAAAAAUAUAGUAGUAGAAAUAAGCGAUGUACUUAAAGGAGUUAAUGUAUCACAAGUAGUAUUGAACGAAAAAGAAGAUUUAUAUGAAGAACAUCCUAAACCACUACAAGUUUUAGCUUCUAAAGCUUUAGAAUUUCAAAACGUUUUCGUAACAUCCGAAAUUGAAAGUGUAGUACACGCUGAUUUAAUAGAAGAACAAGAAAUACCAACAGGUAAAGCUAAAAAGUUCACGAAACCUUUUAACGAACUUAUCGUAACAGAAACUAAUGUAACAGACGUUGAACACAAACUUCCAAAAGAUCAUAUACCUUAUUCGAAAAAAGCUAACGUAGAUAUACUUCCAGGACAAGCGUUAUUUGUAACUGAAACUGUAGUAGAUCAAAAAGAAGAAGACUUAAAAGUACCACAAGUUGAAACUACUUCAGCUUCUGUUAAUAUUGAUGAACAAAAUUUAGCAGUAAAAGAACAAGUUAUAGCAAAUGCAGUACCAGGAGAUUUCACGCAAGAAGUACCAGUAACUUUCAAUGCUGCUACUACACAAGAUCUAACAGUCUCUUUAAUACAAACAGAAAUAACAAUUGGAGAAAAAGAAGAAGAUAAACCAGACGAUAUAGUACCUGAUAAGAAACGAGCAAAUGUAGAAAUAUCAGAAACUGUGAGUUUAAAUAUAACAGAAAUAACUACAGACGAUAAAGAAAAUGUUUUAUCUGAAACGAAAGUUCCAGAUGGAGUAGAAGGUACUUCAUCCGUAGUACCGUUCGUAAGUGCUAUUACUGAACAAAUUUUAUCAAACGAAAAUAUAUCAAAAUUCGAAGAUAAGUCGUUCGAUACUGUAAAUGCUUCUUCUGAUUUAUUACCAAUCGAUAGCUUGACUACAACAGAAGCUAUUACAUACGAAACUGAAGGUUAUUUAUCUGAAAUACAACCAAGUACUAAACAAGCUCAAAGUGAUUAUCAACAAGCAGAAGGUUUAUCAGUUACAACUGUAUUAACUGAAAUGAAAGAACAACCUUUAGAUGAAGAAAAAGUUGACGUAAAAUCUGUAGGUUCAACUUUGAUACCACAAGAUACUAUACAAAUACAAGAAGUACUUAUACAAGAUAAUAUUAAAGAUUUUAAAGACGAUGAUAUUAUUUCAUACUCGGCUACUACAGUGCAAUCAGAAAAUCAAAGUAUUAUAAAUACAGAAACUAUAAUUAAUGAAAAGGAAGAUGCUUUUAACGAAAGUACAAAACCUUCUAAAUAUACAGCAGAUAUUAACUUCGAAAACUUGACAGUUUCCCAAACGACUGAAGUAGUACCAUCAGAAACUGAAACCGAUUAUCAAAUACAAGAAAAUAUUCCUAAAAAACCAUCAACUUCUUUAAUAGAUAUGCAACCAGUAGCCGAAACUACAAUUAUACAAAUAGAAGAAUCUACGGAUACCGUUAAAAAAGAUGAAAUACUUUCAACUACAGCCGAUAUUGAGCAAACAACUAUUGAAGCAGUUGUACAAACUAAACCUUUAGUACAAGAAUCUGAAACGUAUUUUGAAAAAUUCGAUAUACCUUCCAAAAAUGCAGAUAUAUCUUUUAUAGCUGAUCAAAGUUUAACAGUAAUACAAACUGUUAGUAACGAAGCUGAAACUGUAUUAAAACCUGAUAUUCAACCAGAUGUAUUAACAGCAUCGACUGAUUUAGAAUCUCAUACAAUUCCUCUAACAACUGAAUAUAAAAUAAUGGAUACAAUAAGUGAUAUAAACAUCGAUAAACCUAUUGAAGUUAGUGCUAAUACAGAAUUUGAUACUUUAUCAACUGCAGUAAAAUAUGAAACUAUAACAUCUGAAGUUGAAAGUACUGCUCCUGAAGAUCAAAAGCCAAAAUCUCAAGAAGUUUCAAUUUCUAUAGAUGAAGGAAAAUCUAUUACAGUAGAAAGCGUUAUAGUACAAGAAAACGAAAUAGAAUUUUCACCAAUGGAAAUCGAUACUAAAGUAGCUGAUUCUAAUUUAACAGAUACUAAAAUUAUAGCUUCACAAUCACAACCUUUAACUGAAUACGAUUUAGAAGAUCUUACUAUCGAAACUUUAGAAUCAAUAAAUGCUAUAGAAACUAAUUUACCACACGAUCAUAUAACUAUAUCGGAACAAUUAAUUAUAGAUAAUGAAGAGGAAUUUUCAAAAGAAACAAGAGAAGCUGAAUUUUCCGCUACAGUUAGUUUCGAAGCUAAAACAUCUGUUACAACUAAUGAAGAAAUAUUAGGUCAAAAAGAAGGUGUACUAAAGCCAUUCGUUUUACCAGAAACCAAACAAGCUCAAUCAGAAAUCGAUGUUGUACAUAAAAUUGUACAACAGAAUGUUAGUAAUAUAAUAGAAAGUACUGGGAUAUAUAAAGAAGUUAGUACAGAAGAAGUUGUCGCUAAAGAAAACGAAGAAGUAUUAAAUCCUUUGAUUAUCACAGAAAAUUUAUCUCAAGAAAGCGAAACUGAAUUUACAGGGCAAUUUAAACCUUUCACGAGCGAAGCUAAUGUUGGUUUACAAGAAAAAUCUCAUGGAAUCACUAUAACUGAGUUGAUAGUACAAGAUAAAGAAGAUAAUUUAGAUAGUUUCCGUACUAAACCUAGUCAAAUAGCUAAUCUAGAAAUUGAUACUAUUACUGUACCACAAACAUCCGAAAUAUAUUUAGAAGAUACUUUUAAAAAAUUAAUAACUACAAAAGAAGAUUCUAUAAACGCGAAUAUUGAAACGAUACCACAUCAAGAAUUAGUGGAAACUCAUCAUCAAGUACAAGAAAAGGAAGGAGAAUACGAAACUAUUGAAACAUCUAAAAGACAAGCUGAAUCUAAAAUAGACAUAGAAAGUGCUUUAUCUGCUACACAAGUUAUACCUGCAGAAGUAGAAGGUACUUUUGAUAAAUUCCAACAACCAGAAUCGGUUUCAGCAGUACAAUCUAUUUUAGAAAAUAGAAGUGCAGAAAUAACUGAGGUUUUAACACAUUCGCAAACAGAAGAAGUUAAACCCGAAUCGAUACUAAAAGAAACAGCAACAUCUAAAUUUAGUCCUUCUGAAUCUAUUAGUCAAAGUCAACCAAUUGUAGUUGAAAGUAUAGAUAAAUUUAAUGAUAUAAUGAAACCGAAUGAAACAACAGCAGAAGAAAAACUCGAUAUCCUAUCAGAAUUGAUUAUAAGCGAAACGCAUUCAGAAGCAGUAGCGACAGAAUUUGAUAAAACUACGAAAAUCACAACAAGCAAAGCCGAGAAACAAAUAGAUACAAGAAAACAUCUCGAAUCUUCAGAAGUGUUUACUACAGAAAAUAUUUCAGAUCUUCGCACACAAGAUUUACCAGAAUCCGUGGUGCAGAUUCAGAGAGAUACAAUUGAAGGUAUUAUAACAACAGAAAACGUUGUACAUGAAACUGAAAAAGAAUUCAACGAUGUACUAAUAGUUGAUUUGAAAACCGCUAAUAAAACUAUCACACCUGUAGAUAGCGUAGGGGUUUCAGAAGUAAUAACCAGGGAAUCGGAAAUACCUUUACCACAAGAAGAAAUAAUAGAAAGAAAAUCAGAAAUAACUGUAGUACCAAUAAAAUCAUUAACGCAAACAGAAAUAAUAGCAGGAGAUACGACAAAUAAAUUCCAUGAAGUUCCUAUUUUACAAGAAAAUGUUGUAGUCACUCAAGAUCAACAAGAAACUGUUCUAAUAUCUGAAAAACUUGUACAAGAAUCCGAGAAACCUUUCGAGGAAGAUAAAGUUGAAAAUAAAACGGUAACAGUAGAUUUUGUACCAGAAAAACACGUUUCCAUAAGUGAAAUAAUAGCAACGGAAUUAGAAGAUAUUUUCGUUAAGAAACCAGUUGAAAUAUCAUCUGCUGAGAAAACGGUGGUACCACAAGAAGCUACGGAAAUAACAGAAAUACGUUCGGAUCAAAAUAUAAGUGAUUUAACUAUAACUAAAGAAGAAGAAAAAUUCGCUUCAAAAGAUUUGAUCGUUUUGAAUCAAAUCAACGUAACGGAAACGAUAUUAACGGAAAAAGAAAUAGAUUUUGAACAGAUUAAAAAAGAAGAAGUAUCAAAUGCUGAUAUUAAUUUAGAAAAACCUGGAAAAACAGCUGAAGUUUCACAAAUAUUAACCAACCAAAUUGAAGAACCUUUAGGAGAAGAAAAAUAUAAUAAACAGCACGCUUCUACGGAUAUUAUCGAACAUACUUCUAUAGUGGAGAGAAAUGUCGAAUCAUUGGAUAGUUUAAGAGAAUUAACACCACGAAAACAAGAAUUUCCUCGUCACGCUUCGACUCAACAAGAUAUUUUACAUGGAGUUACAGAAACGACGGUACAAAGUCAAUCAAAUACAGAAAUUAUAACAACGCUAAUACCGGAUUCGAAAAUCGCUAACGAGAUUUUAACACUUCAAGAAGGUAUAACGGUCACGGAAAUAAUAACCCACGGUCAAACUGGUGAAGAAAUAUUGGAAACGUCAGCUACGGAAACAACAGCGAGCGAAGAUAUACUUCAAAAAGUGUCUCUUAUCAAUGAAGAAGUGAUGAGUCUUCAAUCGCACGAUAUAUUAAAUCCGGAUUCUACUAUACCGCAUAAAGGGCAGAUGAAGUACGCGGAUUUUCCUCAACAUGAAAUUAUUAUAAGCGAUCAAGUAAUUUCGGAAGGUUUAGAAUUAUUAGAAAAUGUACAAGCCACAACAAAGAAAGUCAAAGUUGUUAUGGAGGAUUUGACUCCGAGUGUAGAGAUAAGUGAAGUUUUGCUGCACGAAUUAGAGGGAACACUGGAAGUACCAGCAUUACAUAAAACACAAGCCAGACAUACACGAACAAGUACUCAGGAUAAUAUGGCAGAGCACGUACAGACAAACAUUCAACACCAUACAAACACAGAAGAAACGAAAGAGAUUAUUACAACGUUUAGGUCAACACCCGAUGGUACUGAUAAUAUAGCAAUAGUUGAGAGAAAGACGACGAUUAGGAGUAAGCAUGAAGAAGAUAGUGGUAGUGUUGUUAUACAAGAGAUUUUAGAUGAAAUCAUGCCUUCUGUUGAACAUAAAGCGACGGGUUAUGAUAUAACUGAAAUUGAUAUCCAAGAGGGAAAUGAUGAGAAACCCGAAACGACAGUAACCGUCGAAGAAUUACAGGCACCGGAAGAGACUGUGCCUGAAAAACCAACGUUUGUUGUCGAGGAACUGCCUGAAGAAGUUCAGGAAUCUGUAGUAACUGUUGGCGGUAAGAGAAAGAAGAAAGUGAUCAAGACACGGGUGAUUAAAAAGGUUAAAGAUGGCAAAGAAGAGAAAACCGAAAUAGUAACUGUCGAAGAAGAGGGCAAGAAACCCGAAACGACAGUAACCGUCGAAGAAUUACAAGCACCAGAAGAAACUGUGCCUAAAAAACCAACGUUUGUUGUCGAGGAAUUGCCUGAAGAAGUUCUGGAAUCUGUAGUAACUGUUGACGGCAAGAGAAAGAAGAAAGUGAUCAAGAAACGGGUGAUUAAAAAGGUUAAAGAUGGCAAAGAAGAGAAAACGGAAAUAGUAACUGUAGAAGAAGAGGGCAAGGAACCCGAAACGACAGUAACCGUCGAAGAAUUACCGGCACCAGAAGAAACUAUGCCAGAAAAACCAACGUUUGUUGUCGAGGAACUGCCUGAAGAAGUUCAGGAAUCUGUAGUAACUGUUGACGGCAAGAGAAAGAAGAAAGUGAUUAAGAAGCGGGUGAUAAAAAAGGUUAAAGAUGGCAAAGAAGAGAAAACCGAAAUAGUAACUGUCGAAGAAGAGGGCAAGAAACCCGAAACGACAGUAACCGUCGAAGAAUUACAAGCACCAGAAGAAACUGUGCCUGAAAAACCAACGUUUGUUGUGGAGGAAUUGCCUGAAGAAGUUCAGGAAUCUGUAGUAACUGUUGACGGCAAAAGAAAGAAGAAAGUGAUUAAAAAGCGGGUGAUCAAAAAGGUUAAAGAUGGCGAAGAAGAGAAAACCGAAAUAGUAACUGUCGAAGAAGAGGGCAAGGAACCCGAAACGACAGUAACCGUCGAAGAAUUACCGGCACCAGAAGAAACUAUGCCAGAAAAACCAACGUUUGUUGUCGAGGAACUGCCUGAAGAAGUUCAGGAAUCUGUAGUAACUGUUGACGGCAAGAGAAAGAAGAAAGUGAUCAAGAAACGGGUGAUUAAAAAAGUUAAAGAUGGCAGAGAAGAGAAAACCGAAAUAGUAACUGUCGAAGAAGAGGGCAAGAAACCCGAAACGACAGUAACCGUCGAAGAAUUACAAGCACCAGAAGAAACUGUGCCUGAAAAACCAACGUUUGUUGUCGAGGAAUUGCCUGAAGAAGUUCAGGAAUCUGUAGUAACUGUUGACGGCAAGAGAAAGAAGAAAGUGAUCAAGAAACGGGUGAUUAAAAAGGUUAAAGAUGACAAAGAAGAGAAAACCGAAAUAGUAACUGUAGAAGAAGAGGGCAAGGAACCCGAAACGACAGUAACCGUCGAAGAAUUACCGGCACCAGAAGAAUCUAUGCCAGAAAAACCAACGUUUGUUGUCGAGGAACUGCCUGAAGAAGUUCAGGAAUCUGUAGUAACUGUUGACGGCAAGAGAAAGAAGAAAGUGAUUAAGAAGCGGGUGAUUAGAAAGGUUAAAGAUGGCAAAGAAGAGAAAACCGAAAUAGUAACUGUCGAAGAAGAGGGCAAGAAACCCGAAACGACAGUAACCGUCGAAGAAUUACAAGCACCAGAAGAAACUGUGCCUGAAAAACCAACGUUUGUUGUCGAGGAACUGCCUGAAGAAGUUCAGGAAUCUGUAGUAACUGUUGACGGCAAGAGAAAGAAGAAAGUGAUCAAGAAACGGGUGAUUAAAAAGGUUAAAGAUGGCAGAGAAGAGAAAACCGAAAUAGUAACUGUCGAAGAAGAGGGCAAAAAACCCGAAACGACAGUAACCGUCGAAGAAUUACCGGCACCAGAAGAAUCUAUGCCAGAAAAACCAACGUUUGUUGUCGAGGAACUGCCUGAAGAAGUUCUGGAAUCUGUAGUAACUGUUGACGGCAAGAGAAAGAAGAAAGUGAUCAAGAAACGGGUGAUUAAAAAGGUUAAAGAUGGCAAAGAAGAGAAAACCGAAAUAGUAACUGUAGAAGAGGGCAAGGAACCCGAAACGACAGUAACCGUCGAAGAAUUACCGGCACCAGAAGAAACUAUGCCAGAAAAACCAACGUUUGUUGUCGAGGAACUGCCUGAAGAAGUUCAGGAAUCUGUAGUAACUGUUGACGGCAAAAGAAAGAAGAAAGUGAUCAAGAAACGGGUGAUUAAAAAGGUUAAAGAUGGCAAAGAAGAGAAAACCGAAAUAGUAACUGUCGAAGAAGAGGGCAAGAAACCCGAAACGACAGUAACCGUUGAAGAAUUACAGGCACCGGAAGAGACUGUGCCUGAAAAACCAACAUUUGUUGUCGAGGAACUGCCUGAAGAAGUUCAGGAAUCUGUAGUAACUGUUGACGGCAAGAGAAAGAAGAAAGUGAUUAAAAAGCGGGUGAUUAGAAAGGUUAGAGAUGGCAAAGAAGAGAAAACCGAAAUAGUAACUGUGGAAGAAGAGGGCAAGAAACCCGAAACGACAGUAACCGUCGAAGAAUUACAGGCACAGGAAGAAUCUGUCCCUGAAAAACCAACGUUUGUUGUCAAGGAAUUGCCUGAAGAAGUUCUGGAAUCUGUAGUAACUGUUGACGGCAAGAGAAAGAAGAAAGUGAUCAAGAAACGGGUGAUUAAAAAGGUUAAAGAUGGCAAAGAAGAGAAAACGGAAAUAGUAACUGUAGAAGAAGAGGGCAAGGAACCCGAAACGACAGUAACCGUCGAAGAAUUACCGGCACCAGAAGAAACUAUGCCAGAAAAACCAACGUUUGUUGUCGAGGAACUGCCUGAAGAAGUUCAGGAAUCUGUAGUAACUGUUGACGGCAAGAGAAAGAAGAGAGUGAUUAAGAAGCGGGUGAUUAAAAAGGUUAAAGAUGGCAAAGAAGAGAAAACCGAAAUAGUAACUGUCGAAGAAGAGGGCAAGAAACCCGAAACGACAGUAACCGUCAAAGAAUCACAAGCACCAGAAGAAACUGUGCCUGAAAAACCAACGUUUGUUGUCGAGGAAUUGCCUGAAGAAGUUCAGGAAUCUGUAGUAACUGUUGACGGCAGAAGAAAGAAGAAAGUGAUUAAAAAGCGGGUUAUCAAAAAGGUUAAAGAUGGCAAAGAAGAGAAAACCGAAAUAGUAACUGUCGAAGAAGAGGGCAAGAAACCCAAAACGACAGUAAUCGUCGAAGAAUUACAAGCACCAGAAGAAACUGUGCCUGAAAAACCAACGUUUGUUGUCGAGGAAUUGCCUGAAGAAGUUCAGGAAUCUGUAGUAACUGUUGACGGCAAGAGAAAGAAGAAAGUGAUCAAGAAACGGGUGAUUAAAAAGGUUAAAGAUGGCAAAGAAGAGAAAACCGAAAUAGUAACUGUCGAAGAAGAGGGCAAGAAACCCGAAACGACAGUAACCGUCGAAGAAUUACAGGCACCGGAAGAGACUGUACCUGAAAAACCAACGUUUGUUGUCGAGGAAUUGCCUGAAGAAGUUCUGGAAUCUGUAGUAACUGUUGACGGCAAGAGAAAGAAGAAAGUGAUCAAGAAACGGGUGAUUAAAAAGGUUAAAGAUGGCAAGGAAGAGAAAACGGAAAUAGUAACUGUAGAAGAAGAGGGCAAGGAACCCGAAACGACAGUAACCGUCGAAGAAUUACCGGCACCAGAAGAAACUAUGCCAGAAAAACCAACGUUUGUUGUCGAGGAACUGCCUGAAGAAGUUCAGGAAUCUGUAGUAACUGUUGACGGCAAGAGAAAGAAGAAAGUGAUUAAGAAGCGGGUGAUUAAAAAGGUUAAAGAUGGCAAAGAAGAGAAAACCGAAAUAGUAACUGUCGAAGAAGAGGGCAAGAAACCCGAAACGACAGUAACCGUCGAAGAAUUACAAGCACCAGAAGAAACUGUGCCUGAAAAACCAACGUUUGUUGUCGAGGAAUUGCCUGAAGAAGUUCAGGAAUCUGUAGUAACUGUUGACGGCAAAAGAAAGAAGAAAGUGAUUAAAAAGCGGGUGAUCAAAAAGGUUAAAGAUGGCAAAGAAGAGAAAACCGAAAUAGUAACUGUCGAAGAAGAGGGCAAGAAACCCGAAACGACAGUAAUCGUCGAAGAAUUACAAGCACCAGAAGAAACUGUGCCUGAAAAACCAACGUUUGUUGUCGAGGAAUUGCCUGAAGAAGUUCAGGAAUCUGUAGUAACUGUUGACGGCAAGAGAAAGAAGAAAGUGAUCAAGAAACGGGUGAUUAAAAAGGUUAAAGAUGGCAAAGAAGAGAAAACCGAAAUAGUAACUGUCGAAGAAGAGGGCAAGAAACCCGAAACGACAGUAACCGUCGAAGAAUUACAGGCACCGGAAGAGACUGUACCUGAAAAACCAACGUUUGUUGUCGAGGAAUUGCCUGAAGAAGUUCAGGAAUCUGUAGUAACUGUUGACGGCAAGAGAAAGAAGAAAGUGGUUAAGAAGCGGGUGAUUAGAAAGGUUGAAGAUGGCAAAGAAGAGAAAACCGAAAUAGUAACUGUCGAAGAAGAGGGCAAGAAACCCGAAACGACAGUGACGGUCGAAGAAUUACAGGCACCGGAAGAGACUCUGCCUGAAAAACCAACGAUUGUUGUCGAGGAAUUGCCUGAAGAAGUUCAGGAAUCUGUAGUAACUGUUGACGGCAAGAGAAAGAAGAAAGUGAUUAAGAAGCGGGUGAUUAAAAAGGUUAAAGAUGGCAAAGAAGAGAAAACCGAAAUAGUAACUGUCGAAGAAGAGGGCAAGAAACCCGAAACGACAGUAACCGUCGAAGAAUUACAGGCACCGGAAGAGACUGUGCCUGAAAAACCAACAUUUGUUGUCGAGGAACUACCUGAAGAAGUUGAGGAAUCUGUAGUAACUGUUGACGGCAAGAGAAAAAAGAAAGUGAUUAAAAAGCGGGUGAUUAAAAAGGUUAGAGAUGGUAAAGAAGAGAAAACCGAAAUAGUAACUGUGGAAGAAGAGGGCAAGAAACCCGAAACGACAGUAACCGUCGAAGAAUUACAGGCACCGGAAGAGACUGUGCCUGAAAAACCAACGUUUGUUGUCGAGGAACUGCCUGAAGAAGUUCUGGAAUCUGUGGUAACUGUUGACGGCAAGAGAAAUAAGAAAGUAAUCAAGAAGCGGGUGAUUAAAAAGGUUAAAGAUGGCAAAGAAGAGAAAACCGAAAUAGUAACUGUCGAAGAAGAGGGCAAGAAACCCGAAACGACAGUAACCGUCGAAGAAUUACAGGCACCGGAAGAGACUGUACCUGAAAAACCAACGUUUGUUGUCGAGGAAUUGCCUGAAGAAGUUCUGGAAUCUGUAGUAACUGUUGACGGCAAGAGAAAGAAGAAAGUGAUCAAGAAACGGGUGAUUAAAAAGGUUAAAGAUGGCAAAGAAGAGAAAACGGAAAUAGUAACUGUAGAAGAAGAGGGCAAGGAACCCGAAACGACAGUAACCGUCGAAGAAUUACCGGCACCAGAAGAAACUAUGCCAGAAAAACCAACGUUUGUUGUCGAGGAACUGCCUGAAGAAGUUCAGGAAUCUGUAGUAACUGUUGACGGCAAGAGAAAGAAGAAAGUGAUUAAGAAGCGGGUGAUUAAAAAGGUUAAAGAUGGCAAAGAAGAGAAAACCGAAAUAGUAACUGUCGAAGAAGAGGGCAAGAAACCCGAAACGACAGUGACGGUCGAAGAAUUACAGGCACCGGAAGAGACUCUGCCUGAAAAACCAACGAUUGUUGUCGAGGAAUUGCCUGAAGAAGUUCAGGAAUCUGUAGUAACUGUUGACGGCACGAGAAAGAAGAAAGUGAUCAAGAAACGGGUGAUUAAAAAGGUUAAAGAUGGCAAAGAAGAGAAAACCGAAAUAGUAACUGUCGAAGAAGAGGGCAAGAAACCCGAAACGACAGUAACCGUCGAAGAAUUACAGGCACCGGAAGAAACUGUGCCUGAAAAACCAACGUUUGUUGUCGAGGAAUUGCCUAAAGAAGUUCAGGAAUCUGUAGUAACUGUUGACGGCAAGAGAAAGAAGAAAGUGGUUAAGAAGCGGGUGAUUAGAAAGGUUGAAGAUGGCAAAGAAGAGAAAACCGAAAUAGUAACUGUCGAAGAAGAGGGCAAGAAACCCGAAACGACAGUGACGGUCGAAGAAUUACAGGCACCGGAAGAGACUCUGCCUGAAAAACCAACGAUUGUUGUCGAGGAAUUGCCUGAAGAAGUUCAGGAAUCUGUAGUAACUGUUGACGGCACGAGAAAGAAGAAAGUGAUCAAGAAACGGGUGAUUAAAAAGGUUAAAGAUGGCAAAGAAGAGAAAACCGAAAUAGUAACUGUCGAAGAAGAGGGCAAGAAACCCGAAACGACAGUAACCGUCGAAGAAUUACAGGCACCGGAAGAAACUGUGCCUGAAAAACCAACGUUUGUUGUCGAGGAAUUGCCUGAAGAAGUUCAGGAAUCUGUAGUAACUGUUGACGGCAAGAGAAAGAAGAAAGUGAUCAAGAAACGGGUGAUUAAAAAGGUUAAAGAUGGCAAAGAAGAGAAAACCGAAAUAGUAACUGUCGAAGAAGAGGGCAAGAAACCCGAAACGACAGUAACCGUCGAAGAAUUACAGGCACCGGAAGAGACUGUGCCUGAAAAACCAACAUUUGUUGUCGAGGAACUGCCUGAAGAAGUUCAGGAAUCUGUAGUAACUGUUGACGGCAAGAGCAAAAAGAAAGUGAUUAAAAAGCGGGUGAUUAAAAAGGUUAGAGAUGGUAAAGAAGAGAAAACCGAAAUAGUAACUGUGGAAGAAGAGGGCAAGAAACCCAAAACGACAGUAACCGUCGAAGAAUUACAGGCACCGGAAGAAACUGUGCCUGAAAAACCAACGUUUGUUGUCGAGGAACUGCCUGAAGAAGUUCUGGAAUCUGUAGUUACUGUUGACGGCAAGAGAAAAAAGAAAGUAAUCAAGAAGCGGGUGAUUAAAAAGGUUAAAGAUGGCAAAGAAGAGAAAACCGAAAUAGUAACUGUCGAAGAAGAGGGCAAGAAAUCCGAAACGACAGUAACCGUCGAAGAAUUACAGGCACCAGAAGAAACUGUGCUAAAAAAACCAACGUUUGUUGUCGAGGAAUUGCCUGAAGAAGUUCAGGAAUCUGUAGUAACUGUUGACGGCCAGAGAAAAAAGAAAAUAAUCAAGAAACGGGUGAUUAAAAAGGUUAAAGAUGGCAAAGAAGAGAAAACCGAAAUAGUAACUGUCGAAGAAGAGGGCAAGAAACCCGAAACGACAGUAACCGUCGAAGAAUUACCGGCACCAGAAGAAACUAUGCCAGAAAAACCAACGUUUGUUGUCGAGGAACUGCCUGAAGAAGUUCAGGAAUCUGUAGUAACUGUUGACGGCAAGAGAAAGAAGAGAGUGAUUAAGAAGCGGGUGAUUAAAAAGGUUAAAGAUGGUAAAGAAGAGAAAACCGAAAUAAUAACUGUCGAAGAAGAGGGCAAGAAACCCGAAACGACAGUAACCGUCGAAGAAUUACAGGCACCGGAAGAAACUGUGCCUGAAAAACCAACGUUUGUUGUCGAGGAAUUGCCUGAAGAAAUUCAGGAAUCUGUAGUAACUGUUGACGGCAAGAGAAAGAAGAAAGUGAUCAAGAAACGGGUGAUUAAAAAGGUUAAAGAUGGCAAAGAAGAGAAAACCGAAAUAGUAACUGUCGAAGAAGAGGGCAAGAAACCCGAAACGACAGUAACCGUCGAAGAAUUACAGGCACCGGAAGAGACUGUGCCUGAAAAACCAACAUUUGUUGUCGAGGAACUGCCUGAAGAAGUUCAGGAAUCUGUAGUAACUGUUGACGGCAAGAGCAAAAAGAAAGUGAUUAAAAAGCGGGUGAUUAAAAAGGUUAGAGAUGGUAAAGAAGAGAAAACCGAAAUAGUAACUGUGGAAGAAGAGGGCAAGAAACCCGAAACGACAGUAACCGUCGAAGAAUUACAGGCACCGGAAGAAACUGUGCCUGAAAAACCAACGUUUGUUGUCGAGGAACUGCCUGAAGAAGUUCUGGAAUCUGUAGUAACUGUUGACGGCAAGAGAAAAAAGAAAGUAAUCAAGAAGCGGGUGAUUAAAAAGGUUAAAGAUGGCAAAGAAGAGAAAACCGAAAUAGUAACUGUCGAAGAAGAGGGCAAGAAACCCGAAACGACAGUAACCGUCGAAGAAUUACAGGCACCGGAAGAAACUGUGCCAAAAAAACCAACGUUUGUUGUCGGGGAAUUGCCUGAAGAAGUUCAGGAAUCUGUAGUAACUGUUGACGGCCAGAGAAAAAAGAAAAUAAUCAAGAAACGGGUGAUUAAAAAGGUUAAAGAUGGCAAAGAUGAGAAAACCGAAAUAGUAACUGUGGAAGAAGAAGGUAAAAAACCUGAGACAACGGUAACUAUGGAGGAGCUGGAAUUACCGGAUAAGAUAAUGUCAAAACAAUCCAAAUGUAUAAUUAAGGAAUUGCCUGUUGAAAUACAAACUCUUGAUUCGAUAACUAAAGAUGGAAAGAAGAAGAAGAAAACUAUUAAAAAACGAAAAAUUAAUAAGCAACAAGAUGCAAAAAUGGAGAUCACUGAAAUUUUGACAGUAGAAGAAGAAGGAAAAAGGCCGAAAACAAUUGUUAACGUAGAAGUUAUCGAUAUAUCCGAUAAAUGUGUUGAAGACGAAGAACCGUACCAGAUUAUCGAAGAACUUCCUGAGGAAGUUAAUAUCAUCGAUAUCGUUGAUAUAGAUGGCAAGAAGAGGAAAAGAACAAUAAGGAAACGUACUCUAUUGAAGGAACAAGAUGGUAAAACAGAAAAAACGGAAAUUGCAACUAUUGAAGAAGAAGGAAGGAAGCCAGAAAUAAGAGUGACUGUAGAAGAGUUAGGAGCUCUCGAAACAAAAUACUUAUUCGUUCCUAGUUUAUUUGAAGAUAAAAGUGAUUUCACAGAUCAAGAGAUACUCAAUAUUUUGAGGAUAGAAAUGAUUAAGAAGUAUUUGGGACAUCCAUUACCUCAAAUGCCGACAGAAUUAAACGUCUCGUUGGGAAAGUGUACGGUUGUGUUCGAAUAUCCUGAAGUCACAAAUACAAGGACAUUGGAAAACGGAAAGGAGGAGAUUAUUAAGCAGAGAGUAUUGAAAAAGAAGCUUGGUCGUAAACAAGAAGUGAUAAACAUAUAUUCGCAGCAACAAACUGAUAAUAUACCUGAAAUGACUGUUGAAAUUCUCGAAUUACCUCAAACCGAAGAAACUCAACACCCAAGUGCCGCUCUUAUAGAACUUCCCGAAGAUAUCACAAUCAUAGAGGCUAAACCUCAAGGAAAAAAACCGUAUAAGAGAACAAUUACCAAAAGAAAACUGCUCAAGAAGAUUGGACGGCGAAUAGAGGCAACAGAAAUAAUAACUAUUCAAGAAGGCAAUCAGAUGCCGCAAAAAACAGUGAAUGUCUAUGAGUAUACUGUUGAUGAUAGUGACAUAUCUGAAGAUACGAAAGUUGGUGAGAAGAAGAGGAACAAACGUAUUAUGAAAAAACAGAAAGAAAGAAAACAAGAAAAGACAGAAAUUGUUACUGUCGAAGAAGAAGGCAAAAGACCAGAGACAACAGUUACUGUGGAAGAGCUCGAAGCUCCUGAAGAGGCAGUGCCUGAACAACCAGCUUAUGUAGUUGAAGAACUUCCAGAAGAAGUACAAGUCAUGGAAGUGUUGACCAAAGAAGGGGACAAAAAGAAGAAGAUCAUAAAGAAACGCGUCAUCAAAAAACAGAAAGACGGAAAACAAGAAAAGACAGAAAUUGUUACUGUCGAAGAAGAAGGCAAGAAACCAGAGACAACAGUUACUGUGGAAGAGCUCGAGGCUCCUGAAGAGGCAGUGCCUGAGCAACCAGCUUAUGUAGUUGAAGAACUUCCAGAAGAAGUACAAGUCAUGGAAGUGGUGACAAAAGAAGGAGACAAAAAGAAGAAGGUCAUAAAGAAACGCGUCAUCAAAAAACAAAAAGACGGAAAACAAGAAAAGACAGAAAUUGUUACUGUCGAAGAAGAAGGCAAAAGACCAGAGACAACAGUUACUGUGGAAGAGCUCGAGGCUGCUGAAGAGACUACGCCUGAACAAUCAACUUCCGUUGUUGAAGAGCUUCCAGAAGAAGUACAAGUCAUGGAAGUGGUGACCAAAGAAGGGGACAAAAAGAAGAAGGUCAUAAAGAAACGCGUCAUCAAAAAACAGAAAGACGGAAAACAAGAAAAGACAGAAAUUGUUACUGUCGAAGAAGAAGGUAAAAAACCAGAGACAACAGUUACUGUGGAAGAGCUCGAGACUCCUGAAGAGGCAGUGCCUGAACAACCAGCUUAUGUAGUCGAAGAACUUCCAGAAGAUGUACAAGUCACAGAAGUGGUGACUAAAGAAGGAGAUAAGAAGAAAAAGGUUAUCAAGAAACGUGUCAUCAAAAAACAAAAAGACGGAAAACAAGAAAAGACCGAAAUUGUUACUGUCGAAGAAGAAGGCAAGAAACCAGAGACAACAGUUACUGUGGAAGAGCUCGAAGCUCCUGAAGAGGCAGUGUCUGAACAACCAGCUUAUGUAGUUGAAGAACUUCCAGAAGAAGUACAAGUCAUGGAAGUGGUGACAAAAGAAGGCGACAAAAAGAAGAAGGUCAUAAAGAAACGCGUCAUCAAAAAACAGAGAGACGGAAAACAAGAAAAGACAGAAAUUGUUACUGUCGAAGAAGAAGGCAAAAGACCAGAGACAACAGUUACUGUGGAAGAGCUCGAGGCUGCUGAAGAGACUACGCCUGAACAAUCAACUUCCGUUGUUGAAGAGCUUCCAGAAGAAGUACAAGUCAUGGAAGUGGUGACCAAAGAAGGGGACAAAAAGAAGAAGGUCAUAAAGAAACGCGUCAUCAAAAAACAGAAAGACGGAAAACAAGAAAAGACAGAAAUUGUUACUGUCGAAGAAGAAGGUAAAAAACCAGAGACAACAGUUACUGUGGAAGAGCUCGAGACUCCUGAAGAGGCAGUGCCUGAACAACCAGCUUAUGUAGUCGAAGAACUUCCAGAAGAUGUACAAGUCACAGAAGUGGUGACUAAAGAAGGAGAUAAGAAGAAAAAGGUUAUCAAGAAACGUGUCAUCAAAAAACAAAAAGACGGAAAACAAGAAAAGACCGAAAUUGUUACUGUCGAAGAAGAAGGCAAGAAACCAGAGACAACAGUUACUGUGGAGGAGCUCGGGGCUCCUGAAGAGACUACGCCUGAACAAUCAUCUUUCGUUGUUGAAGAGCUUCCAGAAGAAGUACAAGUCAUGGAAGUGGUGACCAAAGAAGGGGUCAAAAAGAAGAAGGUCAUAAAGAAACGCGACGUCAAAAAACAGAAAGACGGAAAACAAGAAAAGACAGAAAUUGUUACUGUUGAAGAAGAAGGCAAGAAACCAGAGACAACAGUUACUGUGGAAGAGCUCGAAGCUCCUGAAGAGGCAGUGCCUGAACAACCAGCUUAUGUAGUUGAAGAACUUCCAGAGGAAGUACAAGUCACAGAAGUGGUAACCAAAGAAGGCGACAAGAAAAAGAAGGUCAUAAAGAAACGCGUCAUCAAAAAACAGAAAGACGGAAAACAAGAAAAGACCGAAAUUGUUACUGUCGAAGAAGAAGGCAAGAAACCAGAGACAACAGUUACUGUGGAGGAGCUCGAGGCUCCUGAAGAGACUACGCCUGAACAAUCAACUUUCGUUGUUGAAGAGCUUCCAGAAGAAGUACAAGUCAUGGAAGUGGUGACCAAAGAAGGGGACAAAAAGAAGAAAGUCAUAAAGAAACGCGUCAUCAAAAAACAGAAAGACGGAAAACAAGAAAAGACAGAAAUUGUUACUGUCGAAGAAGAAGGCAAGAAACCAGAGACAACAGUUACUGUGGAAGAGCUCGAAGCUCCUGAAGAGGCAGUGUCUGAACAACCAGCUUAUGUAGUUGAAGAACUUCCAGAAGAAGUACAAGUCAUGGAAGUGGUGACAAAAGAAGGCGACAAAAAGAAGAAGGUCAUAAAGAAACGCGUCAUCAAAAAACAGAGAGACGGAAAACAAGAAAAGACAGAAAUUGUUACUGUCGAAGAAGAAGGCAAAAGACCAGAGACAACAGUUACUGUGGAAGAGUUCGAGGCUGCUGAAGAGACUAUGCCUGAACAAUCAACUUACGUUGUUGAAGAGCUCCCAGAAGAAGUACAAGUCAUGGAAGUGGUGACCAAAGAAGGGGACAAAAAGAAGAAGGUCAUAAAGAAACGCGUCAUCAAAAAACAGAAAGACGGAAAACAAGAAAAGACAGAAAUUGUUACUGUCGAAGAAGAAGGCAAGAAACCGGAGACAACAGUUACUGUGGAAGAAUCAGUAUUAGAAGACACUGAGCAGCCUCAAAUUAAGACUACUACAGAAGAUGACAAAAAAACUAAACUUAGAAAAGAAAUGUCUGUUCUGAUGCCGAUACAACGCAAAGAAAUAAAGCCACAGAAAGCGCAAGUGGUCGAUAGCAAGGAUAUUCCUGUUUUUUCCAAAAUCCAACUGCGAAAACACAAAUCCAUCCAAAAGAAAGACGACAAAGUGAAACUUCCUAAAUUUCUACUUAAAAGUAGAAUCAAAUUUGACGACUUUCCUCCAUAUCAAGAAAGGGAACAGCUACCACGGAUAUCCAUUCUCGAACCUGUAUACCGAGACAAUGGAAUUUUGUCUCGUAACGUGAGAGAAGCUGAAAAAAUAAAGAAACCGAAAAGAAGGAAAUUGAGAGACAAAGACUAUGAUGCAGCUGCAUUGGAAAAACUGGAUCUUGAUGUAGAUAAUUUGAAGAAGAGCGAACUUGAAAAAUUAGAUGAUAUGUAUAAACAGGAUCGAGUAUUUAAGAAGAAACCAUCACCAGAUGAUCAGCCUAGAAAACUUGUUAUCAAAAAAGGAAAAAUUCCACAAUUAGAAGAAGAGCUGGAAGUAGUAAAAUUGAAGCCAAUUCUUAGUAAAAAAGUCGAGGAUGAUACCUAUGAAGUAAAAGAAGAAAAUAUGCCUAGACCCCAUGAAUCGAAAACUUUGAAAGGAGAUGAUGAUACCAACAAUCUUAGAUUUGACUCAAUGGAAUUUGAAAGAGAAAAGAAAGAUGCAGGUGUACCAGACGUCAAGAUUGAUGACACACAAAUAAAAGACCAUAUAGAGGAAGAUCAACAUAAGAUACCGAGGAAGAAAAAGAUUAAAGGUGAACCAGAAACAGAUGAAACAACCAUCGAUAAAGGAAUUCCCAAACCUCGACACAAAUCAGAUGAAGAUGACUUGUCGUUGAAAUAUAAACAAAAACCAAAACCAGAUGAAAUUCCCGAAAAUAUAGCACUUAAACCUUUCAAAAAAGGAGGAGCGACCGACAUUAUGAAACCCGAAGUUUUUGAUGUGUUUCAGCCAUCUCAAUACGUGGUGGAAUAUAUACCUGACGAUGAAAUAUUGGAAACUGUUACACCCGAAGCAAUAAAACGGAAAAUAAUCACUAGAAAACGUAUAGAUAAAAAGCCGAAAGACAAAAAGCAAGAGAGAACUGAUAUCACUACUAUAGAGGAGGAAAGUAAAGAGCCAGAGAAGACAGUUACUGUGGAAGAGCUCGAGGCUCCUGAAGAAACAGUGCCUGAACAACCAACUUACGUUGUUGAAGAACUUCCAGAGGAAGUACAAGUCACAGAAGUGGUGACAAAAGAAGGCGACAAAAAGAAGAAGGUCAUAAAGAAACGCGUCAUUAAAAAACAGAAAGACGGAAAACAAGAGAAGACAGAAAUUGUUACUGUCGAAGAAGAAGGCAAGAAACCAGAGACAACAGUUACUGUGGAAGAGCUCGAAGCUCCUGAAGAGGCAGUGUCUGAACAACCAGCUUAUGUAGUUGAAGAACUUCCAGAAGAAGUACAAGUCAUGGAAGUGGUGACAAAAGAAGGCGACAAAAAGAAGAAGGUCAUAAAGAAACGCGUCAUCAAAAAACAGAGAGACGGAAAACAAGAAAAGACAGAAAUUGUUACUGUCGAAGAAGAAGGCAAAAGACCAGAGACAACAGUUACUGUGGAAGAGCUCGAGGCUGCUGAAGAGACUAUGCCUGAACAAUCAACUUACGUUGUUGAAGAGCUCCCAGAAGAAGUACAAGUCAUGGAAGUGGUGACCAAAGAAGGGGACAAAAAGAAGAAGGUCAUAAAGAAACGCGUCAUCAAAAAACAGAAAGACGGAAAACAAGAAAAGACAGAAAUUGUUACUGUCGAAGAAGAAGGCAAGAAACCGGAGACAACAGUUACUGUGGAAGAGCUCGAAGGUCCUGAAGAGGCAGUGCCUGAACAACCAGCUUAUGUAGUUGAAGAACUUCCAGAAGAAGCACAAGUCAUGGAAGUGGUGACAAAAGAAGGGGACAAAAAGAAGAAGGUCAUAAAGAAACGCGUCAUCAAAAAACAGAAAGACGGAAAACAAGAAAAGACAGAAAUUGUUACUGUCGAAGAAGAAGGCAAGAAACCAGAGACAACAGUUACUGUGGAAGAGCUCGAGGCUGCUGAAGAGACUAUGCCUGAACAAUCAACUUACGUUGUUGAAGAGCUCCCAGAAGAAGUACAAGUCAUGGAAGUGGUGACCAAAGAAGGGGACAAAAAGAAGAAGGUCAUAAAGAAACGCGUCAUCAAAAAACAGAAAGACGGAAAACAAGAAAAGACAGAAAUUGUUACUGUCGAAGAAGAAGGCAAGAAACCGGAGACAACAGUUACUGUGGAAGAGCUCGAAGCUCCUGAAGAGGCAGUGCCUGAACAACCAGCUUAUGUAGUUGAAGAACUUCCAGAAGAAGUACAAGUCAUGGAAGUGGUGACAAAAGAAGGGGACAAAAAGAAGAAGGUCAUAAAGAAACGCGUCAUCAAAAAACAGAAAGACGGAAAACAAGAAAAGACAGAAAUUGUUACUGUCGAAGAAGAAGGCAAGAAACCAGAGACAACAGUUACUGUGGAAGAGCUCGAAGCUCCUGAAGAGGCAGUGCCUGAACAACCAACUUACGUUGUUGAAGAACUUCCAGAGGAAGUACAAGUCACAGAAGUGGUAACCAAAGAAGGCGACAAAAAGAAGAAGGUCAUAAAGAAACGCGUCAUCAAAAAACAGAAAGACGGAAAACAAGAAAAGACAGAAAUUAUUACUGUCGAAGAAGAAGGCAAGAAACCAGAGACAACAGUUACUGUGGAAGAGCUCGAAGCUCCUGAAGAGGCAGUGCCUGAAGAACCAACUUACGUUGUUGAAGAACUUCCAGAGGAAGUACAAGUCACAGAAGUGGUAACCAAAGAAGGCGACAAAAAGAAGAAGGUCAUAAAGAAACGCGUCAUCAAAAAACAGAAAGACGGAAAACAAGAAAAGACAGAAAUUGUUACUGUCGAAGAAGAAGGCAAGAAACCAGAGACAACAGUUACUGUGGAAGAGCUCGAAGCUCCUGAAGAGGCAGUGCCUGAACAACCAGCUUAUGUAGUCGAAGAACUUCCAGAGGAAGUACAAGUCACAGAAGUGGUAACCAAAGAAGGCGACAAGAAAAAGAAGGUCAUAAAGAAACGCGUCAUCAAAAAACAGAAAGACGGAAAACAAGAAAAGACAGAAAUUGUUACAGUCGAAGAAGAAGGUAAAAAACCAGAGACAACAGUUACUGUGGAAGAGCUCGAGGCUCCUGAAGAGGCAGUGCCUGAACAAUCAACUUACGUUGUUGAAGAACUUCCAGAGGAAGUACAAGUCACAGAAGUGGUAACCAAAGAAGGCGACAAUAAAAAGAAUGUCAUAAAGAAACGCGUCAUCAAAAAACAGAAAGACGGAAAACAAGAAAAGACCGAAAUUUUUACUGUCGAAGAAGAAGGCAAGAAACCACAGACAACAGUUACUGUGGAAGAGCUCGAGGCUCUCGAAGAAACAGUGCCUGAACAACCAACUUACGUUGUUGAAGAACUUCCAGAGGAAGUACAAGUCACAGAAGUGGUAACCAAAGAAGGCGACAAAAAGAAGAAGGUCAUAAAGAAACGCGUCAUCAAAAAACAGAAAGACGGAAAACAAGAAAAGACAGAAAUUGUUACUGUCGAAGAAGAAGGCAAGAAACCAGAGACAACAGUUACUGUGGAAGAGCUCGAAGCUCCUGAAGAGGCAGUGCCUGAACAACCAGCUUAUGUAGUCGAAGAACUUCCAGAGGAAGUACAAGUCACAGAAGUGGUAACCAAAGAAGGCGACAAGAAAAAGAAGGUCAUAAAGAAACGCGUCAUCAAAAAACAGAAAGACGGAAAACAAGAGAAAACAGAAAUUGUUACUGUCGAAGAAGAAGGCAAGAAACCAGAGACAACAGUUACUGUGGAAGAGCUCGAGGCUUCCGAAGAGACAAUGCCUGAACAACCAACUUACGUUGUUGAAGAACUUCCAGAGGAAGUACAAGUCACAGAAGUUGUAACCAAAGAAGGCGACAAAAAGAAGAAGGUCAUAAAGAAACGCGUCAUCAAAAAACAGAGAGACGGAAAACAAGAAAAGACCGAAAUUGUUACUGUCGAAGAAGAAGGCAAAAGACCAGAGACAACAGUUACUGUGGAAGAGCUCGAGGCUCCCGAAGAGACAGUGCCUGAACAACCAACUUACGUUGUUGAAGAACUUCCAGAGGAAGUACAAGUCACAGAAGUUGUAACCAAAGAAGGCGACAAGAAAAAGAAGGUCAUAAAGAAACGCGUCAUCAAAAAACAGAAAGACGGAAAACAAGAAAAGACAGAAAUUGUUACUGUCGAAGAAGAAGGCAAGAAACCAGAGACAACAGUUACUGUGGAAGAGCUCGAGGCUCCCGAAGAGACAGUGCCUGAACAACCAACUUACGUUGUUGAAGAACUUCCAGAAGAUGUACAAGUCACAGAAGUGGUGACUAAAGAAGGAGAUAAGAAGAAAAAGGUUAUUAAGAAACGCGUCAUCACAAAACAGAAAGACGGAAAACAAGAAAAGACAGAAAUUAUUACUGUCGAAGAAGAAGGCAAGAAACCAGAGACAACAGUUACUGUAGAAGAACUGAAGGUUCCUGAAGAACCAGUCCAGCCAGAAAAAAUUCUCUUCGUCCCUUCCUUACAUGAAGCAAAAAGUGAUUUCACUGAUGAAGAGAUAUUGAAUAUUUUGAAAAUAGAGUUAAUUAAAAAGCAUCUAUCUCAUCCUCUGCCUCAAAUGCCUUUGGAACUCAACGUUACACUUGGAAAAUGUGCAGUUGUGUUUGAAUAUCCCGAAGAAAUCAUCAAACGAUAUUCAGAAACCGGUGAUGAAGAAAUCAUAAGAAAGAGACCUUUAAAGAAACCGAAAGGUCGGAAACAAGAAAUAAUAGAGAUUUUUACCGAAGAUAAAAAUAAUGAAGAAUCUGUAAGAUCUGUACAAAUCACUGAAGCUCCUAAAAAGGAAGAAUCACGUCAUCCGAUAGCUGCUCUCAUUGAAUUGCCUGAAGAUAUUAGUGUUAUUGAAAUCAGUACCGCGGGUAAGAAACCUUCGAAGAAAAUAACAAAAAAGAGAACGUUAUUGAAAAAACUAGGCCCCAAAAUAGAAGCCACAGAAAUCGUUACAGUUUUUGAAGAAAACAAAGAACCUCAACAAAACGUUUAUAUACAUGAAUACAACGAAGUCACUUCUCCAUUGGAGCCUGAACUAAUAAUACCAGAAACUUUAACACCAAAAAUCACAUCACUCACUCCAAAACAAAUUACUGAAGUUUACACAUCUGAAAAUACACAGGAUGUAGGAGUAGAAACUCCAUCUAUUGAAUCAGGAAAAGCUCAAAUAGUACGUGAAAUUCAAGAAUCAGUAGUCAUAGAAACGGUACAGACUCAAAAACCAAUCGAUGAAAUUCCUGAAAUAGAAAAAUCAAUAGAAGUUACAGAAAAGACAGAGAUAAAAGAAGCAAUAGAAAUGUUUGAAGAAGAGACCCCGAAGAAAAGAAUCGUCAAAAAGAAAAUAGUCAAGAAACCAAAAAGUGACACACUUGGUUCCACAGAAAUCCUUUUUGUAGAAGAAGAAGAAAUAGAACCUCAAAACUCAUCAGUUAUUUCUGAAGAUAUUGAAGAAUUACCAGAAGACGUGCAAGUUAUCGAAUCUAUUGAAGAUGGUGUCCCGAAGAAAACUAUAUUGAAGAAACGAGUCAUUAAAAAAAUAAAAAAAGGUAAACAAGAGACCCUAGAAAUACUAACAGUACAAGAGGAAGGUAAAGAACCUCAAACAUCCGUAUCAGUAUACGAAGAAGAUGACAAACCUAAAGAAGAAAUUACGUACGUAGAGGAACUACCAGAAGAAGUUAAAAUCAUGGAAACCGUCGAUGAAGGAAAAGUAAAAACAACGAAAGUAACUAAACGUGUUAUUAGAAAACAAAAAGGUAAAAAGCAAGAAACAACAGAAAUUUUAACCGUUGAAGAAGAUGGCAAAAUGCUAGAACCUACAGUUACUAUUACUGAAAUUGAACAACGAGAAGAAGAACUACAAUCAACAAAACCAACAACGCAAGAAGCAACAAUUGUAGAAGAAUUGCCCGUAACAAUAACCGUUGCUGAAAUUGACACUAAGGAAGGUCCAAAGACGAAAAUAAUCAAAAAGAAAGUUUUUAGAAAACAAAAAGGCGACAAGAAAGAGUUAACUCAAAUCGUAACUGUAACAGAAGAAGGAAAAGAGCCACAAACAUCUAUAAUGAUCAGCGAAGAACCCAUCGAAGAAGAAACAACGAAACCAAUUAUUGUAGAGCUACCCGAAGAAGUAACAGUAACCGAAACUAUCGAAGAUGGAGUUCCAAGAAAAACUGUAACCAAAAAACGUACGAUAAAGAAACAAAAAGAUGAUAAACAAGAAGUAACAGAAAUACUAACUGUCCAAGAAGAAGAUAAAAAACCUGAAACCACCAUAACAGUAGUGGAAUUACCUGAAAUUAUCGAGGAAGUUCCGAAAGAACAGGGUAUUGAAAAACAGAUAAAAAAGAAGAUUAUAAAGAAACAAAAAGACGAUAAAGAAAUUAAAGUAGUAGAAGAAGAAGAAGAAGCUAAAGUCCCACAAGAAACAGUUAUCGUUGAAGAUGUUAAAGAAACGAAAACUAUAAAGAAAAAGAUUAAAAAGAAACCCAAAGAAACCGAACCAAAAUUAAUAACGGAAGACAAUAUUUUGAUAGUUCCCACAUUAUCUCAGAAAGAAACAACCGAAGGGGUUGAGGAAAUGAUUCAAAUCGAACUUCUGAAGAAAGCGUUAGCUUUACCGACAGUGGAAGUUGCCCAUAGGGAAAACGAAGUUGUUGUUAUCGGCAAACCCGAAGUAUUACAAGAACUACCCGAACACGUUCAAAUUAUAGAAAUAGAAGAUGAAAAUGGUAAACCUCUGACGAAAACUGUAAGGAAAAGAAUUUUGAAAAAGAAAAAAGAUGACAAAACCGAAAUAACAGAAAUACGUACAAUAGAAGUAGAAGGAAAGCAACCACAGACGUCAAUUGUAAUAGAAGAAGUUGUUGAGGAAGAGCAACCACAAGAUAUGCCAACUACCGUAGUUAUUGAGAUGCCAGAAGAAGUUGAAACUAAAAUAGAGGAUGAUAAAAAAGUGACAAUCAAAAAGAAAAUACUGAAAAAACGUAAGGGUCAUGACAAAGAAGAAGUAACGGAAAUUAUAACUAGAGAAGAAGAAGGUGAAAAACCACAAACCUCGGUGGUAAUUCAAGAAAUUAUCGUACCAGAAGAAGAUUUAACUAUCGACGAAUCUGAAUAUGUAAUAGAACUUCCCGAAGACGUAAAAAUAAUAGAAAAACUAACACCAACAGGUAUCGAAAAAAGUACUGUCAAACAUAGAACCAUAAAACAUCGUAAAGGAAACAAAUUACAUACUACAAAUAUUGUUACAAAAGAGGAAGAAGGUAAAGAACCCCAAACCUCAGUUGUAAUUGAUGAGGAAGACGUAUUUGAAGAAAUUCCUUCACAUACGUUCGUAAUACCUGAAAUAGUUAUAGAAGAACUUCCUUCGGAAGUAAAAAUAAUCGAACAAACAGAUAAACAAGGUAAACCAAAUAAACAAGUAGUCGAAAAGAGAACGCUGAAGAAACGAAAAGGUAGCAAAGAUGAGAUAAUCAAAAUAGAAAUAGUACAAGAAGAAGAUAAAAAACCUCAGGGAUCAGUAACUAUAGAAGAAAUUGAUGUAACAGAAGAAGUAUCUUCUUUACCAUCUUAUAUUGAAGAAAGUCCCGAAGAAGUUACAGUUAUCGAACAUAUAGAUAAACAUGGCGUACCUAAAAAACAAAUUUCUAAAAAGAAAGUUAUUAAAAAAAUAACAGGAAAUAAAGAAGAAACUACUGAAAUUUUCACGGUAACAGAAGAGGGUAAACUUCCUAAAACUACAGUUAUUGUAGAAGAACACGAAUUAUCGUCGGAACAACUUUUAACGAUACCUUCAGUAACAAGUUGCAUACCAUCUUACAUAGAAGAGCUACCAGAAGAAGUAGUUAUAACUAAAAGUGAAGUACAUGAAGGAGAACCAACGAAAAAGAUAAUAAAAAGAAGAUUCAAAAAACCUAAAGCUACAAAAGACGAAAUAAUAGAAAUCCUUUGUAUAGAAGAAGAAGGAAAAGAACCACAAUAUAGUAUAGUGUUAGAGGAAGAACAAGAAAUAGCGGAAAUACCUAAAGUAAAGAAAAUUAAAAAGAAGAAACCUAAAGAAGAGAAACUACUAGAAGAACAAAUGGUAGAAGUAGAAGAGGUAACAAAAGAAGAUUCUUCAAUUAUCGAAAUAGAAGAUCAAGAUGAAGAAGAAGAUCAAUUGAAGAAACCGAAAAUUAAAAAGGUGAAAAAGAAAAAACCUUCAGGAGCACAACCGAUAGAAGACACCCCAUCAGAAGAGAUAUCUGAGGAAAAGAAACCCAAGAAACUUAGAAGGGAACUAUCGGUACUUAUGCCUAUAGAAAGGAAAGAAAUUCAAGCACAAAAAGUUAAAGUAGUAGAAUCGAAAGACGUUCCAUUAUUUGGGGAUAUCAAAUUGAAAAAACCAAAAAUAGUACAAAGAAAGGAGGAUAAAGUUAAAAAACCGAAAUUCCUAUUGAAAAGUAGAAUAGAUUUUAUUCGGUUUCCACCUGAAACGGAAUCGGAACGUUUACCGAGAAUAUCGAUAUUAGAACCUGUUUAUAGAGAUAAUGGAGUUUUAUCACGUAAUGUUAAAGAAGCUGAAAAGGUACCGAAAACAAAGAAAAGAAGACUUAGAGAUAAGGACGUUGAUAUGAAAAAUCUAGAAAAAUUAGAUCUGGAACUUGAUGAACUGAAAAAGAAAGAAUUAGAAAAAGUCGAUGACAUAUUCAAAUAUGAAGCUAAACCAAAAUCAAAACCGGUUUCCGAAGAAGAACCUAAACAAAUUAUUAAAAAGAAAGGUAAAAUACCAGAAAAAGAAGACGUUGAUGAACAAGUUAAAUUAAAAGCAGUACCAGAGAAACCUACUGAAAAAGAAGAAUAUUCUGAAAAACCAGUUAUUAAGAAAGUUCCAUCUGGAGAUAAACCUAAAGUGAAAGAAGAAGAAGACACGCGCGACAAAUUGAAAUUUGAACCUUACGACAUAGAAAGAGAAAAUGUCGAAUUAGAAAAACCAGAGCGUAUUGAAGAAGAAAAAGAUACAAUCGAACAACCAACACCAGAAAUGAAGAAAGUACCUAAGAAGAAGAAAGUUAAAAUUCCUCCAGAAACAGAAGAAAUCACUCUUAUAAAAGGAACACCAAAACAAAAAGAAGAACCUGACGAAAGUGAUAUAAAUCUUAAAUAUAAACAGAAACCUAAACCUGAACCUAUACCUGAAGAUAUAACUCUAAAACCAUUCAAAAAAGACGAAGAAAAAGAAGAAAUGAAACCGGAUAUCGAUGAUACUUUGAAACUUCCUCAAAUUCCUAUUGUAGAAGAAGAAGAAAUAAUCGAAACCGUUAAACAGAAAGAACCUACCAAGAAAAAAGUCAAAAAGAUUAAACCAAAAACGAUAGAACCUUCAGUUGAAGAAAUUAAAAUACCAGAUGAAGAAAAAGACGAAGAAAUUGACGAAACCGAAACUGUUCUAGAAGAAACAGUGGAUGAAAUAUUACCAGACAAGGAAGAAAUACCAAUAGAAGAAGGAAUAACUGAAAAAGGAAAAAUUAAAAAGAAAACGAUUAUUAAGAAAAAGAAGGUAAAGGAAACAGAUAAAGCAGCAGAUGAAAUUCCAGAGGAUGUGAAACCGUUAGAAAAAGAGGAAAUGAAACCUGAUACUGAUGAUACAUCGAAACUUCCCCAAAUUCCUUCUGUAGAAGAAAAAGAAAUAAUCGACACUGUGGAACAAAAAGAGCCCACUAAGAAAAAAGUUAAAAAGAUUAGACCAAAUUCGAAAGAACCUUCAGCUGAAGAAAUUAAAUCACCUGAAGAGUUGCCGGUAGAAGAAAAAGUCGAGGAAUUUCCGAUAGAAGAAAUUAAAGAAGUUGAAACUGAAACUCUCGUGGAAGAUACAGUGGAUGAAGUCUUACCACAAGACGAAGACAAAGGAACUACUGAAAAAGAGAAAAUUAAAAAGAAAACAAUAAUCAAGAAAAAGAAGGUGGAAGAAGCAAACAAGGCAGCAGAUUCAGUACCAGAGGAAGUAAAACCUUUAGAAAAAGACGAAAAACCAGAAAAAUUACAACUCAAAGUUGAAAUCACUCCAACCAAAGUACAACAUUCGGUUGUAACAACUCUCGAUGAACCAGUAAAACUUGGGGAAAUUAAAUUGAAGAAACCCAAAAUACCCACAAAAAUAGAACCAAAAACCACCAAGGUACCUAAAUUUUUACUUAAAAGUAGGAUAGUCCACGUACCCUUCCCGCCUGAGCACGAGGCUCAAACUAUCCCCAUAAUCAAAGAACUUCCUCCUGUAUAUAGAGAUAAUGGAGUUUUAUCGAGAAAUAUCAAAGACGCUGAAAAGGUUCCAAAGAAAAAACGUAUAAAAGUUAAAGAUAUAGAACGAGAAAUAAAAUCGUUGGAAGAAUUAGAUAAAGAUUUUGAAGAAUCUAAAAAACAACUUGAAAAGGUAGACGAAGAAUAUAAAACGCCUAAAAAACCAAAAGAUAAGCCUGAAAUUACCGAAGAAGAACCGAAAAAGAUUCAAAUCGGAAAAGGAAAAUUACCAGAGGAAAAACAACAAGAAGAACCGAUAAAACUUAAGAAAAUAACUAAAAAACCUUCCGAAGAAGAAACCCCAGAAGUAAUAAAAGUUCCUAAAGCUACAGAAGAUAAACCUGCUUCCAAAGUUGUAGACGAUAAAGAAUCUCCUAAUUUGGAACCAUUUAUACCCAAAGAUUUUGAUAAAGAGGAUACAGAAUUAGAAAAGUAUAUUCCACGAGCAUUCGAAGAAGAAACUGAUCAGAAAUUACCCGAAACUGUUCCUAAGAAACCGAAAAAACCAAAGAAAAAACCAGAACCUGAAACUGAAGAACAUCAACUGGAAAUGGGUAAAGGUAAACCAAAAGAUGUAGAAGAUGUACCAGAAAUUGACAAAAAAUAUAAACAGAAACCAAAGCCCGAAGAAAGCCCAGACAAAAUUACACUCAAACCAUUUAAGAAAGAAGAUGAUAACGAAAUUUAUACAGUAACUGUAGAAGAACCCAAAGAACCACUCAAAUCCGCAGUAGAAUACAUAGAAGCAGAAGAAGAGGAAGAUGUUAUAACAAAGAAAAAGGUUAUAAGAAAAAUCAAAAAACCAAAAUCAAAAUCUAAAGAUGAAGUUCCAAAUGAAAAAGAUAAGUCGAUAGAACCUUUUAUGCUUGAAGAAGAAAAAGUAGAUGAUACAAAGCAGCAAAUUCCUACAGAAGAUAAGUCUACAGUAGAAGAAGAGGAAGAAAAAUUGAAACCUGAACAGCAGGAUAUAGAAAAAUACGAAAUACCGAUUUCUCAACUUGAAGAGGAUAAAAUUGAUGAGCUAAAAGUAGAGGAAGAGCCUCGUAAAGUGAAAAAAGCUAAAGUUAAGAAACCAAAAGUUGAAGCAGUUGACGAAGCAAUUCCUGAAAAGCCUGUACGCGUCUCGAUUGAACGUAUACCUGUACAAAAGGCACAAAUACCAUCUAUCAGUGAAAUAAUUCCAGAGUUUGCCGAAAUAAAACUAAAGAAACCUAAAGCGGUUAAACAAGAUAUAAAACCUAAGAAAAUUGUACCGAAAGUUUUACUGAAGAGUAGAAUAGAUUACGUAGAUUUCCCACCUUUGAAUGAGAAAGAAUGCAAACCAAUAAUCACUGAAUUAGAGCCGGUUUAUAGAGAAAAUGGAGUUUUAUCUAGAAAUGUAGAAGAAGCGAAAAAGGUUAAACCUAAAAAGAAGAAAGUAGUGAGAGUGAAGGAAUUAGAAAAAUUAGAUAAAGAAUUUGAAGAGCUAAAGAAAGCGGAACCGGAACAAGUAGAUGAAGCUUAUAGAAAGAAACCCAAGGUCAUUAAGAAACCUGUUAAACCAGUUCUUAUGAAAAUUGUUAGAAUCGAAGUUAUAGCACAGAAACCAAAAAUAAUAGAAAUAAAAGAAGAACCUAUCAAUCUCGCCGAUAUUAAACUGAAAAAAUCUAAAGCUCCCCAGAAAAAAGAAGAAAAGAGUGUAACUAUUCCGAAACUUAAAUUGAAAAGCAGAAUAAACUGGAUCGAUUUCCCACCUCUAUCAGAAAUAUUACAGAAACUUCAGAUAACUGAAUUAAACGCUGUAAGGGAAAAUGGCAUACUUUCCCGUAAUAUAGAAGAAGCGAAGAAAUUGAAGAAAAUAAAACGUAAAGUGAAACCAAAAGAAGAAGAACCCGAAAAAAUCGAAUUGGAAAAAGUGGAUUUGGAAAUAGAAAAACCGGAAAAACCUGCACCGAAAGAACCAGAAGAACCGGCGAAAUUCACACGAACUCCCAAAGAACCUGCUGCAUACGAAGAAGAACCUUCAGUUACAAUUAAAAUAGGUAAAGGAAAAGUACCAGAUGCUCCUGAAAUUCCAGAUGAGAAUAUCACUCUGAAGAAAACGCCUGGAAAGCCUAAACCGGAAGAAGAGACCGAAAAAGAAAAACCAAAACCAAAGCCGAAAGAUGAAGAAAAAAUACCAGAUAAAUUAGAACCAAAAGAAAUUAAAGACAAAAUAGAUUUCGAACCGUUCGAUAUAGAUCGAAACGAUAUAGAAAAAGAAGAAUACGUACCACCGGAAGAAGAAAAGGAUGAAGAAGAAAAACCUCCAAAAGGUAAAACAAAAUAUGUUAAAAAGAAGAAGACCAAACCACUUCCAGAAACUGAAGAAUUUUUAUUACAAAAAGGUAUACCUAAACAACCCGAAGAGGAACAACCGGAAGAAGUUAAAUUCAGAAUUCCUAAAAAAGAUAAACCUGAAGAUACUCCCGAAGGAAUAAAAUUAAAACCAUUCAAAAAACAGGACGACCAAGAAGUGUUGUAUAUAAAAGAAGAAAUUCCAGAUAAGCCUACUCAAACCGUUAUUUAUAUUAAAGAUGACGAAGACGAAGAAAGUGAUAUUGAUAUAAAUUUAGACAAAAUUAAAAAGAAAGUUAUUAAAAAGAAACGUACUAAAAAACCAGAACCUUCUAUUUCAAGCGAAGAAAAACCGCAAGAAGAAUCACCAGAAGAAAAGAUAAGCAAAGAAAUACCUAUAGUAGUUCCCAUUGAUACUGAAACUACUUCAGUUGAAGAGAAGAUCGAAAAACCAGAACAAGAAAAACCAAUCGUUCCAAUAGAAAAACAAGAAGACGAAAAGAAAGAUGUUGUAUCAGAAACUCCAAAAGAACCUGAAAAAUUAGAUGAAAUUAAACUUAAAAAACCAAAACCGAAGCCGAAAGUAGUUGAAAAACCAAAAGAAAAGAAAGAAUUGAAACCAAGGUUGAAGAGUAGAAUAAAUUACAUGGAUUAUCCACCGACUUUACAUACUCUAAAAAUAACAGAGCUCAAUACAAUAAGAGGCACUGGAGAGAUAUCAAGAAACGUAAAAGAAGCGGAAAAAACGUUGAAAACCAAGAGGCGUAAACUCAAAGAAGUAGAAAAAGAACCUACAGAUCUAGAAAAAUUGGACUUGGAAUUUGAAGAACUGAAGAAAAAUAAACCAGAAACAGUAGACGAUAUAUAUCGGUAUGAAAAGAAAGAAAAGGAAACACCACAAGAACCUGAAGUAACUUUACCUCUAAAGAAACAAAAAGGGAAAAUCCCUAAAGAAGAAGAACAAUCAGAAGAAGUUAAACUUAAACGUAAACCUUCCAAAGAAGAAGAAACUCUACAAGAAGAAACGGUUAAAGAGGAAAAACCACAACCGGAAGAAAGUAAAGUGAGUGAAAAGAAACCAGAAACACUUAUUGAAAAAAUACCUUUCGAACCAUACGAUAUCGAUAGGAAGUCUCCAGAAAAAGAAGAUUUAGAUCUUCCAGAAAUCGACAAAGCUAAGCCGGAAAAACCUAAAAAGAAGAAAUCUAAACAAAAACCAGAAGAUAAGGACAAACCCGGUGAAGAGCUCGAACAAAUCGUUCUCGUCAAAGGAAAACCAAAAGAAACUAGUCCAGAAAAGGAAGCCGAUAUUAAAUUCAGAAUACCUGAAAAAGAGGAACCUGAGUCUAAAGAAGAAAUAAUCCAAGAAGUUGAAAUUAGUAAAAAACCCGAAGAUAGCAGAGUAGAGGAAGAAACUGAGAAUGAUAUCAUUAUUCCUGGUACUAAAACUGUUGAAGAAACAGAAAUAAUAGAAACCGAAAAAGUAUCAAUAAAAUUGAAGAAAAAACCGAAGAAUAAACCUGAAGAAACCCCUACAGUCGAAGAAGAAGUGCCGGAAUCGCCUAAAGUGGAAGAACCACAAGAAGAAACAGAAAUUCAAUACAAACCUGAAGGUGAAAUCAAAAAGGAAGAUGAAAAAGAGAAUGAAAUCCUCCUAAAGCCUAAGAGGGAAGAGACUGAAGAUGUUACAAUCAAGAAACAACGAACGAAACCUAAAAAGAAAACUGCGGAUGAAGCAGAAAUAACCAUUAAAAAACUCGUUCCUCUUCCUCAGGGUGAAACUAAAGAAGAUGAAACCGUAGAAGUAGAAAUUUUAAUCAAACCGAAACCAGAAGUUCAACCAGAAACUGUAGAAGAGGUUGAAGCUGAAGUUGUACUUAAACCUAAACUUGACGAAAAGGAAGAGGUCACGAUAAAAAAACCGAAGCUCAAACCUAAAAAAGAAGAUGAAGGAAGCGAUGAAAUUGUAGUUAAGAAACUUGCUCCUAAAGAAGAAGUAACAGAAGAAACUAGUGUCGAAUCUGAAGUCAUAAUAAAGCCCAAACCGAAAGUAGAAGAAGCACCAGAAACAAUUGAAGAGGUUGAGGCAGAAAUAACAAUUAAACCCAAACCUGACGAAGAACAAGACAAAGAAGAGGUUACUAUUAAGAAGCCCAAGACUAAACCAAAGAAAAAAGAUGAAAGCGAAGAUAAGAUUACUGUUAAAAAAUUCGUUCCAGUACCAAAAGAAGAAGAGGUUCCUACUGUCGAAUCUGAGGUUAUAAUUAAGCCCAAGCCGAAAGUAGAAGAAGCACCAGAAGCAGUUGAAGAGAUUGAAACAGUAGUAACGAUAAAACCCAAACCUGACGAAGAACAGGACAAAGAAGAGGUUACUAUUAAGAAACCCAAGACUAAGCCUAAGAAAAAAGAUGAGGGAGAAGAUAAGAUUACUGUUAAAAAAUUCGUUCCAGGACCCAAAGACGAAGAAGAAGAGGUUCCUACUGUCGAAUCUGAAGUUAUAAUUAAGCCCAAGCCUAAAGUAAAAGAAGCACAAGAAGUUGUUGAAGAGGUUGAAACAGAAAUAACUUUACAACCCAAACCAGACGAAGAACAAGACAAAGAAGAGGUUACUAUUAAGAAGCCCAGGACUAAACCAAAGAAAGAAGAUGAAGGCGAAGAUAAGAUUACUGUUAAAAAAUUCGUUCCAGGACCCAAAGACGAAGAAGAAGAGGUUCCUACUGUCGAAUCUGAGGUCAUAAUAAAGUCCAAACCCAAAGUAGACGAAACACCAGAAACUAUUGAAGAGGUUGAGGCAGAAAUAACGAUAAAAACCACACCUGAGGAAGAAAAGAGCACAGAAGAGGUUACUAUCAAGAAGCCCAAGACUAAACCAAAGAAAAAAGAUGAAAGCGAAGAUAAGAUUACUGUUAAAAAAUUCGUUCCAGUACCAAAAGAAGAAGAAGAGGUUCCUACUGUCGAAUCUGAGGUUAUAAUUAAGCCCAAGCCGAAAGUAGAAGAAGCACCAGAAGCAGUUGAAGAGGUCGAAGCAGAAGUAACGAUAAAACCCAAACCUGACGAAGAACAGGACAAAGAAGAGGUUACUAUUAAGAAACCCAAGACUAAGCCUAAGAAAAAAGAUGAGGGAGAAGAUAAAAUAACUGUCAAAAAGUUUAUUCCAGUACCCAAAGACGAAGAAGAAGAGGUUCCUACUGUCGAAUCUGAAGUUAUAAUUAAGCCCAAGCCUAGAGUAAAAGAAGCACCAGAAGUUGUUGAAGAGGUUGAAGCAGAAAUAACUUUACAACCCAAACCAGACGAAGAACAAGACAAAGAAGAGGUUACUAUUAAGAAGCCCAAGACUAAACCAAAAAAAGAAGAUGAAGGCGAAGAUAAGAUUACUGUUAAAAAAUUCGUUCCAGGACCCAAAGACGAAGAAGAAGAGGUUCCUACUGUCGAAUCUGAGGUCAUAAUAAAGCCCAAGCCCAAAGUAGACGAAACUCGAGAAACUAUAGAAGAGGUUGAGGCAGAAAUAACGAUAAAACCCAAACCUGAGGAAGAAAAUAGCACAGAAGGGGUUACUAUUAAGAAGCCUAAGACCAAGCCUAAGAAAGAAGAUGAAGACAAAGAUGAACUAACGAUCAAAAAGUAUGUCCCUGAGCCGCAGCCUGAAGGUGAGGAAGAGGUAAAAGUACAAAUCAAAAAACCAAAAUCUAAGAAGAAAAGUAAACCUGUAAUAGAGGAGGAAGCAGAAAUAACGAUUGAGGUAAAACCAACAGUAGAAGAAGACACUGAAAUUACAAUACAAAAAACAAAAGAUACGCCCAAAUUUAAAGACGAAGAAGAAGAUGCUAUCACGAUUAAAAAGCAUGUGCCUGUGACAGAAGAUGAAGUUACAGUACCGAAACAAGUAUCAGAUGACGAAGAGGCCGAGCUAAAAUUGAAACCUGCAAAGAAAACUCCCGUAGGCGAAGAAAAAGACGAAAUUACAAUUAAAAAAUACAAAAUCGUCGAUGACAAACCAUUAGAAGAAACAGAUGAAAGAACUGAAGUAAUCAUCAAGAAGAAACCGAAAGAGAAGUUACCUGAACAGGAAGAUACCGAAGCCGAAAUUACUAUGAAACCUAAAGAAGAGCCGGAAAAUGUCGAAGAAAACGUGGAUAUAAAGGUUAAGAAACCAGUACGAAAAACACCUUCCGUUGAAGAACAAUCUGAUGAAUUAACUGUUCAAAGAUUGAAACCAGUCAGGAAACCAUCUCAACCGGAAGUUCCAGAUAUAGCAGAAAUAGAAACUGUUACAUUUAGACCAAAAACAACGAAAACAAAAGAAGACGUCGAAACGGAAUUCAAAAUAUCCCUCGACGAAUACGCAGAAGAAGAAAUAUCUCUAUCGACAAAAGUGAAAUUGAAGAAACAAAAACCACUAACAUAUUCCGAAGAAACAACUGAAGAUACUGUUAAAAUCACGCAAGAAAUUGAAGACGAAGGACCGACUAUUGAAGAAAUAAUCGAUGAACCUGAAGAAGAAGUUCCCGAAGACGAUGAUAUCUCGGAAAGUUUCCAUAUCUCUUUCAAACGAAGACCUUCCAGGAAAUACUCGGUCGUGGAAGAAAAUGAAGAAGAAGUCAGUUUCAAAACACCAAUCAAACAAGUCGAUUAUGAAGAAGAGGGCGAGGGCAGUUUCACAAUUAAACCAAAAAGAAAGGAAUCUGUAAUAUUCGACGAAGAAGCAGUUUCUCUAAGCAUAACGAAAGAAAAAGAAGUAGUUGAAGAGGUCAUACACGAAGAAGAAGUUGAAGUAGGAGACGUUUAUUAUUCAAUCACCAUCUACGACGCUGAAGCCGAUCAGGCAAUCGAUAUGGUAGAAGGUGAAAAGGUUUACGUUAUCGAAAACCCAGAUUCGGAUUGGUGGUUAGUGAAGAAACAUUUGACAGAAGAAACCGGAUGGGUUCCUGCUAAAAUACUGAUGAAAGAAGAACAAUAUCAGCAAUACGUACAGAGAAAAUUAAACGAGAAAAUUGAUAAACUCCCCGUGUUUGAAAAGCCUAAAUCGAAAGAAAAGGCUUCAGCCCCCAAAUUUAUCAAGAAGCUUGAACCAAUCAUAACUCCGGACGGAUACACCGUACAAUUUGAAUGUAAAGUAGAAGGAUUCCCUCGACCACAAGUGACUUGGUUCAGACAAACUCAUAUAAUCAAAACAACUCAAGAUUUCCAAAUGUAUUACGACGACGAUAACGUAGCUACACUUAUAAUAAGAGAAGUAUUCCCGGAAGACGCCGGAACUUUCACUUGCGUGGCUAAAAAUUCCGCCGGUUUCGCUUCCAGUACCACAGAAUUAAUCGUCGAAGGACCUUUAUCAUCUCACGCUUCAGAUUUAACUUCUAUAUCGCGAAAAAGUUUAUCUCGUACUUCCUCUUUCGCUGAUAUACUCGAAGGUGUUCCGCCUACUUUUGCCAAGAAACCUAAACCACAAUGUAUACCAGAAGAAACAGACGUCGAAGUAGAAAGUACCCUAGUCGGUGUACCGGAACCUGAAAUCAAAUGGUACUGCAACGGCAAGAAAUUAUCAACAAAGAAAAACAUUAUAAUUGUAACUACAUCGGAAACUUAUACUUACAAAACUAUUUUGAAGAUCAAAAAAGUGGAAAAGAAGCAAGAAGGAAGAUACAAGAUUGUAGCGAAGAAUAGAGAAGGUGAAGCUUCCGUAGAAUUCACUCUUAAAGUUACAACGAAGAGCAAAGAACCUCCUGAAUUAUUAUCGCCGUUGGAAUCACUUACCGUAAGAAAAGGAGAACCGGUAAAACUGUCAACUGUCAUAUCUGGUAAUCCAGAACCAACUAUCGAGUGGUUUAAAGAUGGUAAACCGUUGAGUAAACCGUUAUACAAAAAAUACGAUAAUACCUACACCGUUAAUAUUACAAAAAGUACUUUAUCAGAUACUGGUAAAUACACAGUUAGAGCCACGAAUUCUUUAGGUUAUGUAGAAACCACUGCGAGUGUUACCGUUGAAGAUUAUCCUGAAGACCAGGAACCACCGUUGUUCGUUGAACGUUUCGAAGAACAAACAGUACCGCAGAAAUCUCCUCUCACAUUAAAAGCCAAAGUGACAGGCCAACCAAUCCCCGAAGUUUAUUGGUUACGUAAUAAUGAACCGUUGGAACCAUCCGAUAGAAUUAAAAUAUUAUUCGAUGGAGAAAACGUAGAAUUGAAAAUAAACGAAACCAAUUCGGAAUUAGAUUCAGGAGACUAUAAAUGCGUAGCUGUGAAUAAUGCAGGAAAAGCUUCUCAUGGCGCUAAAAUAUCCAUCGAGGUAGAUACAGUUAAAUUUACAAAAGAACUUGAAGAAAUUUACGAAACCGUAGAAAGAAAAACGUUAGAAAUGGAAUGUGAAACUUCCCAUUCGGUUAGGACGAAAUGGUGGUUUAACAACACAGAAAUUAGUGGAAUGGAUCACCGCGUCGUUUCCCAAGAUGGUCGUACUCAUAAAUUAAUAAUUAAAAAUAUCAAUAAAAACGAUGAAGGUACUUAUAAAUGUACGGUUAAAAAUCAAAAAACUGAAACAAAAGUAAAAGUAGAACAAUGUAAAUUAGAGUUCGUUAAGAAACUUCAAGAUUUAGAAAUAACCGAAAAAGACACGGCGGUAUUAGAAGUCGAAAUAACUUCAGACAGUGCUAAUGUCGAAUGGUUCAAAGAUGGUACACCUUUAAAAGAAACUGACGAUAAAUACGAUACAGAAAAACUCGGCGGUGUAAGAAGACUUUUAAUCAGAACCACGUCCAUUCACGACGAAGGUGAAUAUAGUUGUAAACUAGUCGACGAAGAAUGCAAAGCGGAUGUAACAGUAAUUGAAUUACCACCGGAAAUAAUCACACCUCUCAAAGACCAAGUGGUCAAUAAGGGAGACAAAACCGUUUUCGAAAUCGAACUUUCUAAAGGCGACGCUUUAGCAAGAUGGUACAAAGACGGUAAAGAAAUACAAUUCUCCGAACACGUUCAACUUUCUAUAGACGGUAAAAGACAAAAAUUGAAAAUAUACAAAACAGAAACAGAAGACGAAGGUAAUUAUUCCUGCGAAUUGGGUACGCAAUCAUCAAAAGCUAAACUCACCGUACAAGUACCGACUUGUACGUUUAUCAGACCUCUACCAGAAGUUACGAUUGUACCAAUCAACACCGAUGCCGAAUUCGAAGUAGAACUUUCUAAAGAAGACGUAGAAGUUACUUGGUACAGAAAAUCAGAACGUAUUGAAAAAUCCUCAAGAUAUUCCAUCAUUAAAGAAGGUAGAAUAAGAAGAUUGAUUGUACGUAAGACUACUUUCGAAGACGAAUAUGAAUAUACAUGUACCGUGGAUAAAUAUCAACUUAGAACUUCUUCAAAAUUGAAAAUCGGAGAUAAACCGUCUCCACCGAGAGGACCUCUGGAAAUAUCUGGAAUGACAGAUACUUCUUUUACCAUCCAAUGGCAACCAUCGGAAGACGAUGGUGGUUCACCUAUAAUAGAAUACAUUGUUGAAAUGAAGGAGGCUAAACCUAAAACGGUUUUCAAAAAACUUGGGGCUACAAAAGGAGAAAUUACCAACUUCCCUAUCAACUAUUUGGAUAAAGGACAUGGCUACAAUUUCAAAAUUACAGCUAGAAAUGCUAUAGGUGUUAGUGAACCUUAUUUACCAGAAGAUACGAUAAUAGCCGGAUCCAGAAUAACACCUCCAUCGCCUCCUACUAACCUCAAGAUUAAAAACUUGACAAGUAGAAGUGCUACGCUUACCUGGGAACCACCAGAGAAUAACGGCGGUACCGAAAUCACUGGUUACGUCGUGGAAAAGAAACUAGAAUACAUGCCUAAAUGGGAAAAAGUAUUCACUUUAGAAGCUUUUUCUUUAGAAUAUACUUUCGAAAAUCUAAAAGAGAAGAGCGAUUACAUAUUCAGGGUGUACGCUGAAAAUUGCGUCGGACUUAGCCCUCCAGCUAAUUCGGAAGUUGUACAAAUGCGAACACUUGCCACUGUGCCUUCGCCUCCUACUCCGCCGUUGGAAAUUAGAACAAUUGGUCCUAACGCUAUAGUAGUAGAAUGGGGUAUACCAGAAUCAGAUGGAGGUUCUCCUCUUCUUGGUUAUAACGUCGCUAUCAGAGACACGAAGAAAACGAUGUGGAUGGAAAUCGGACGUGUACCGAAGGGCGUACAAAAAUUCACUAUAAGAGAUUUGCAAGAAGAUCACGAAUAUAUGAUCAGGAUAUUUGCCAAGAAUGAAAUUGGACUCAGUGAACCUCUUGAAUCUGAUGAACCCUUCAAAGUACUACCGUCUGGAGAUACGGAUCAAGAAGACUUCAAGGAAGCGACAGAUAGAGAACCCACAUCGUACAGCACUGAAACCUCGACUUCUUGGUUGAGAGAUAACAGCAUGGACGCGGAUAUUCAUUCUUAUUCCAAAGGGACUUUAUUAAAGAAAGACGAAUAUUUCUUCCGCAUUUGGUGCUACGCUACGAAAUUAUUUAAAUAAGAAAAAGAAGAAGACUUAAUUUGCUGUAACAAGAUGUAUAUAUUCACUCAUAUUAAGACUAUUUUUAGAUUUUUGAUACUGAUGAUGACUUUGUAUAAAAAAAAAUCUUAAAUAUAUUCGCGUUGAUAUCUAAAAACUGAAAAGGGUUUCAAUAUUAUUCGAUUAAAUAUAUUUAAAUUGAUAAUUAAUAAUAAAGUGUAAACCCUUUUGAGUUUUUGUUAAACGAGCUGCAAUGUUUCUAAAAAAUUGAAAUCAACUCGAAUGUAUUUAAGGAUCACUUAGGAUACUGUGAUACUGAAAAUGAUUCUGCGAAAAAAAGCAGUGAGCCUAUUUACGACUAUUUUUUUUUGUUGUAUAAAUAUUUAUCCCUAUAAAAGAAUUUUUGAUUUAAAAUUUUAUGGGCAGUUGUUUUUGUUUGGUUAUUAUAUUAAUAAUGUUUAUAUUGUUUAUGCUGUGCACUAUUCGAGUUUAAUAUUUCAUUGUUAAUUUUUUUAAUUCUUGUCAAGAUAUUGACGUCGUCGUUAAAUAUGAGAGAAAAUAUAGGUGCAAUUAUUAACGAUAUUAUCGACGAUUUCAAUAUAUUGUUAGGAAUAAACGAAAUUUUAAAAA